UUGUUUGCUGCUGGAGCAGCGAGCGAAAAAGGUGUGUAGCAGCAGCAGCUCAUUUGGUUCAGUUGGUCAGUCUAGGUUUCAGUAUCGAACCGGCUUUCUACUGCAACGGAUUGGAAAUUAAUAAAUACGGCGUAAAAGCAAACAACGCACAAUAUUACAUAUGUGUAUAUAUGUAUAUGUAUAUAUAUAGAUAUUUUUCUACUUGAUAUAUUUUGCAUUAUCCCUGGUGAAGUAGUUGUGAAAAGGCUACAUACAUACAUACCUAUAAUCUAUUACCAUAUAUGCGAACGCCAUUUGUGUGAAUUAAAUUUUUUUGUGACCAAAAUAAAUGUUUGAACGAGUAGAAUAGUGAACCGUAUGAGCUUACGGUAAAAGGGUAUGUACGCAAAGCACUUGCACUGUAGAAUUUGAAAGAAAAAAAAAAAAAGUAAAUGGAAAAAUUGUAAAAAAUAUUAAUCAAUCAACGAAAGAAAUUGAAGAAGGGAAAAUUGUAAAAUUAAUGAAUGAAAAUCUGAGUGCCACCGCUUUCAAGUGUACGGCUAUCGGUGCGCAACGUGAAAAAGUGUAAAAGAGGAAUAAAGAGAAUUGUGAGUUUGUUAAACAUUUUCCCUUAUAUUUCACUCACGACGCGAAAGUGUUUUACGUGAAAAGAACGAAUUUUUUUGCUUAUUUUGUUUUCCGUGCAGUUUUUGGUGCCAUAUUUUUUUAUAUUUGUUACGUUUGUUUUGGCACACGCACGCGAAAGACACUCGUGGUGGAAACGUGAAAUUCCUGCAGGCUCAUAGCCUGCCAAUCGCGUACCGAAGACGUAGAGCGCUCGUGUGAAAAAUCGAUUUUCUUGCAUGUGGAGUUUUCACUAGUUAGACACUUCGAAACGAACUGAACUGAACUAAACGUGAAUUGCGCGACGCUUGAGCACAUUGCGAUACCAACAACACCAAUGUGUUGUCCUGCCAACUGGACGUACAUGACAAACGCAACAAUAAGAAACAUAUCGAUGUCAUGGACAGAGAUCCAGGAAAAAAUAAAGACCCACCCACAUCACCAACACCAGCAGGUGCUGUGGGUCGCCGAACCGGUGAUACCGAGUCUGCGGCAGCCGGUGGAGGGCCACCGCCCAUACCAGCAACUCGCACGCGGCGCUUAAAUCGAACAGCUGACGCGUCGCCAUCGUCUGGCAUUGCAGCCGAGCCAACUGUGCUCGAGACGAGUGAUUCAACAAUAAUUAAGGAUGACAUACACGAACAGCUGGAGACAUCAACAAUUACGCGUACAUACACCACGCGUAAAGUUAUACACCAAUCAACGGAAUUCCAUGAGAGUAGCUCAUCUUCGAGCUCCGUGCAAUAUGUUGCCGAUGAAGAAUUGGAUUCGCCCAGCACGCCGCAUCGGUUGCGUCAAAAAGUGGCCGAGUAUGAGAAGGUUUGGUCAUCUGGCGGUAGCCUGAAGCGUUCGCCCGAUGAGAGUGCCGAAGAAUUGCGUCGUGAAUUUUUACAAUCUUCAACAAAUAUUGUGCCGGAUCAUUCAACGCAGGCCAUUACCGUUGUGGGUGAGUCCUUGGAGAAUCCUUUUGAUAUUGAUGUGCUGGAAAUUGAAAAGCGUUUGCGUAGAGAACGCCAACGUGGUCUAGCUGAGGCUGAGGCGGCUAAGUUGGCAUUUCAACAGGUGCAGUUGCGGCAUACGCCACAACCAUCACCACGACGUGUUGAAGUGCAGGAAGAUUACACCGCAUUACCGUUUAAUGUUACACUACGUACGACCACCAAGUUGAGUUCGGGCGAUGAAGCGGGUUAUGUAGAGGCCGGUGAGCCGCCGGUUAGUCCAUUUAAUGUUACGCUUCGUACGACGCGUCGCAUUGUGAAAAAGGAUCUUUCGACGAGCUCGCAGCAAUAUGAAGAAGAGUCAUCGUCUACCACAACAAGCCCUUUCAAUGUUACUCUACGCACAACAACACGACGCGGUCAUCCUAUUAGUCCCGUCAGCCCUGGCGAUCCGAAAAAUGCCUCCGCACGUUUUCUGGAAUCUGAGAAGACAGUACGUGAAGUGCAUGCCGCUGAUGGCAUACGCACCAUUGUCACCUCGUCGAUGACAAGCGAUGGACGUAAACAUGAGGAGAAGAUAUUUCGACACGGCGAAGGUUAUGUGUCACCGCGCUGCUCGCCACAGCGUGAAAAUCGUCCUUUCUUUGAACCAACCGAACGCGAGCGUGAAGGCUCUGUGCCCCGUUCUGCCAGCAGUCGUUCCAGUGCAACACCACCACGCACAGUGGAUAUGACGGCUGGUGGUCGCCGUAUACUCAUACGGUUGGAAGACGAAACACACGAGUCGAGUACACUUGAAGAAAACUACGAUAUUACUGACUCAGUGCAGGCGCGCAUACGUCAAUUAGCACGCAGUCCGGACGGCGGUGGUGGUGCCGCUGCGGGCGCUAUGUAUAACGUUGCGAUGGGAACGCUACCUGGUAACAUUGACAUUACAGUGGGUAGUACACACCAUCAUCACCACCACCACCCGCACCAGCUGCAACAUUAUCAACAACAACCGCAACAGCAACCGCAAGUGCCGGGCCAAUGGUAUUACCAAGAGCAACGGCUGGAACAACAAAUGGAUACCAACAACACUGUGGAAAAUAUGAUUGUGGAAACACAAGAACAAGCAUAUCAACAACAACAACAUCAACAACAAUCAAUACCAUGGCAAAUGUCAAAAUCAACGCAUUCAGGCCAAACAACAGUACCCGUUAGUACGACGACAGGCGAAGCCGCGACAGGACACACAACAACGGGUACGCAUACGGCUAGCAUAUUAGAGACGACGGGCCAAUCGCACGAUUCUUCUACAGAAGAAUCGCAACGAGUUGUCAGCAGAAAGAAGAAAACGACAACAGAAAAAACAACAACGACAACACAUAGUAGUAGUAGUAGUAGUAGCAGCAGUGUUGGUAGACAACGUGUGAGCGAAGAACGUGAACAGCGCCAAGCUGUCGCCGGAAAAUUAACGCGUCCCACUGGUUUAGCUCUAUCCGGUGCGAAUGUGCGUCUACAUGGUGAUACGGUUGGACAAGAAAAAAUCGCUGACAAUCUACAAAAAAGUGAAGUGUUAACUGACGAUUCGGAUACCGAAGGUGUGGCUGCAAAGAAUCUGGUUAUUGUGCCCACACGUGUGGAGCAAAGCCAGACAGCUGUACGAGUGAGUCAAACUCCAACUCAGCACAGUCCCAGUCCGAGUUCAAGUGUAAAUGCAAGUGCUAGUGCGAGUGUGAGUGCGAGUGCAAGUGCAGUACAAACGCCGACAACCCCUUCAACGACAACUGCCAGUGGUACUUUCGGUAAGAGUCUGACAGGACAUCAGACACUACAACAACAAAGUACCCAAGACGAAUAUCAAGAAUUCCAAUCCACAAUGGCAGCGAUUAAUUUCGCUCGCAGCAACUCCCAAUAUGACAGCCAUAUAAGGGAGAAGAGAGAGGAGCAAGAACGUGUGCAGAAGAAGACAUUUACUAAUUGGAUUAAUUCGUAUCUCUCGAAGCGUGUUCCACCGCUUCGUGUUGACGAUUUAAUCAACGAUUUACGCGAUGGUACCAAACUUAUUGCACUUUUGGAAGUGCUUUCCGGUGAACGUUUGCCCGUGGAGAAGGGUCGCGUUCUCAGACGUCCACAUUUCCUCAGCAAUGCCAAUACAGCCUUACAAUUCUUAGCUAGUAAACGUAUCAAGUUGGUUAAUAUUAAUCCAGCCGAUUUGGUGGAUGGGAGACCACCAGUUGUGUUGGGUUUGAUAUGGACCAUUAUAUUGUACUUCCAGAUUGAGGAGAAUAGCCGUAACCUUGAAUAUUUGGGUCAUGGUAUUGGUGGUUCGGUCAGUUCCCUCGAUAGCGUUGGCAAGAAUGCCAGCGAUCAAAAGGCUGAAAAGUGGAAGCAAGGUGCUAGGAAGACUCUAUUGAAUUGGGUUACCAAUGCCUUGCCAAAAGACAGCGGUAUUGAGGUAAAGGAUUUCGGUGCCAGUUGGAGAGAUGGUGUCGCCUUCCUAGCCCUGAUUGAUGCCAUUAAGGCAAAUCUUGUCAAUUUAGCCGACUUGAAGAAGACCAACAAUCGUCAACGUCUCGAAACUGCUUUCGAUGUGGCCGAAAGUAAAUUGGGCAUUGCCAAGUUGUUGGAUGCAGAGGAUGUGGAUGUACCAAAACCGGAUGAGAAGAGUAUAAUGACAUAUGUGGCGCAAUUUUUGCACAAGUACCCUGAACCAAAAGGUGCCUCUCGUGAUACAUCACACAUACAACAGGAACUGGACGAACUGCGCCGCUUCCUGAUUGAAAAGACUACCGAAUACGAGCCCAUGGUCAUGUCGAAUUCAUUCCCGCGUGAUUUCGCUGAAUAUCUGAUUGCACGUUCAGAGAUCGACGCCCACUUGCCGGUCUACAAUCGUCUCAAGCAGCUGAUGGAGACUCAGAGUGGUUUCUUACAAGUGCCGCGUCCCGUGUGGGAGGACAUUAACGCCUUGUGGCAACGUCUACAAUAUCAAAUGAAUUAUUGGCUGUGGUUAUUAGACUCUGAGCUGCCUGGCGAAUUCGGUGUGGUCGGCAAGUGGUUGGCUGAAGCCGAGAAACUACUAAUGGAUAACGAAAUACCAAAUGCCAUGAAUGAGGAGACAGCAUCGGUGAUAAGUAGAAAGCUGGAAGAGCAUAAAUUGUUCUUUGCCGAUUUGCCGCGUAUAAUGGCAAUGUUUGAGAAUGCCAAGCGGUCGCCGUUAGUACAGCAGGUGCCUAUUGAGCAGUUGCGCAAUAUGGAGCGUCGCCUGCAGGACGUUGCUCCACGUGCGGCUGAGCGUAGAAUACGUUUGAAGUUCUUGGAGCACAAGUGCUGUCUCAUCGCUUUCCUCAAUUUGGUUGAGAACAAAAUGAAGGGUUGGACUGGCAAAUAUGGUUAUGAGGAGAAGGUCUCACAACAAUUGGAACAGUACAAGAACUUUGUGUCUCGUAACAAAAUCUUCCAAGAGUUCCAGAAGGCAUUCGUCGAUAUGCAGCAAGUGGUGGACGAAUACAAGCGUGAGGGUAAUGUGCCACGCAGUGAUAUAAACGAAAUCGAUCGCUUCAUGUAUGAGACCGAAGAACGUUGGAAGCGUGUCUCUAUGGAGUUGAAAUGCUGUCAGAAUUCACUCGAGGAGGUUGUCAGCUGUUGGAAGACAUGGAAUCAGUUGGCGCCCACUUGUGAAGAGUGGCUGAAUCUGGCGGAGACUAAGCUCGCACGUUCAGAGGACGAACGUUUAGAGUUCUUCCAAGACAUUACUACGUGGAAGGACAAAUUCGAUACACUUGCCAAUGCGGCUAACUAUCUGAUUGCCUCUUGCGAGGAUGGCAUCGCUAAUAGCCUGCGUCAGAAACAUGGCAAUUUGUCGGAACGCUUUGAGCGUCUCUUUGCCAACACCAAACAAUAUAUGCAUGCUGGUGAUAUAAUACGCGCUCGCAAAGAAUACAAGUCAGGCAUUGAGCAGCUCUCACAAUGGCUGCGCCAUGCCGAACAAGUGCUGGAGCAGCGUCAAAUGCUCGGCAACACACAACAGAUUACGAAAUAUGGCGAAGACCUGCAAAAGCUGGCAAGCGAAAUUGAUGAUAAAGAAGAACUCUUCAAGACCGUGAGCCGCAACUUCCAAGGACUCAUACAGGAUUUGCCUCGUGAGGAGGUCGAUAAAAUGAUGAAGUUGCUGAAACAGGAGAAAGAGUCUUUGGUGCGCAUACGUGCACAAAUACCGGCGAAGCUGCAUCUUUUCCACCAGCUGCUCAUACAGCAGGAGUCGCUCGAAGCGGGCCAGAAAGAGAUACAUCAAUGGCUUAACGAUGCCGAGACCUUGCUGAGCACACACGCGCUCUCGGGUGGCCGCGAUGCUAUUAGCGACGAGCUGAAUAAACAUAAAACGUUCUUCUCACGCACCGUCUACUAUCGCUCGAUGUUGGAAAGCAAGAAUAAAGUGUUCCAAAACCUACUGAAAUCAGUGGCCGCCGAUGACAAUAUUGACACCUCGCAGACGGCGCACAACAUGCAACAACUUAACGAGCGUUUCAAUUACGUCAUACAAAACGCCGAACAGUGGGAACAACGCUUGAAUGACGCCUCACGCGGCUGGCAUGCGUUCAAGGAGAACGAGCGUGUCGUUAGCGAGUGGUUGACGCAAGCCGAAACAAUGUUGAUUGAGAAACAUAUCGAAUCUAAGACAAUAAUUGAAACCCAGAAAUACUUCUUUGAAAAUGUCAACGAACGUUGGAUGCACAAUUUGGUUGAGUCUGCGCAGGAUUUGCUCAAGACGCUACCAGCACAAGAGCAGAAACCUGUAGUGGACUCUGUAGAGAAGUUGCAAGGCAAAUGGCAGCAAGUUUUGUCGCAAGCACCUUUGCACUUAUUGAAACUCGAGUUCCGUCUCGACGAGUCGGCUUUCUAUCAAACACUGCAAGAGGUCGAGAAGGAAUUGCACUUGGAGCAGCAAGCUUUGAAUCGCAACGAGGAUAUUGACUCAAUACUCAGACGCAAUGAGCAGUUCUUCCAACAACAGGGACCAAUACCACGCAUUGAGAAGAGUCUGCAGAAUAUGCAACGCAUCAGCCAGGCUUAUGGCUAUCAGAAACCGACCGACAUGAGUCUGGGUCAGGCCUACGACAAUGCCAAGUUACAGUGGCAACAGUUGUCUGGCAAAAUCGGUGAUAUACGUGAGACUUUGCAGCAAAUACCCGCACAGUGGGACAGUUAUCAUGAGAAGUUCAGAGAAAUGGUUGAAUGGAUGAAUAUUGUAGAUCAAAGCUUGAAGAAUAUUGUCAAUGAGGUGAACAGCAUGGAAGAGUUCGAGAAGGAAAAGGUGGUCUUCCAGAAAAUCUGUCAAGAAGCAGAUAACAAAAGGGAGGACAUGAAAUGGUUGGUGAAAACGUUAGACUCCUUACUUAGCUACGCCAGCGAAGAUGAGGCCAAUCUCGAACAGAAGAAGCUGGAAGAUCUUAUUGCACGCUAUAAGAACCUCAUACCCACCAUCGAAAUAACAAUGGUUAAGACCGAAGUGUUCUCCAAGUGCUACACGUAUCGACGUGAGGUGCAUGAGGUUGUCUGCCUGCUUAGCAAAGUUAAGGAGCAAGCUACCAAUAUACCACCACCCGAAAGCCUUGAACGUGUCAAUAAACUGAUUGAGGAGCAACAAUAUGCCAUUAGCCAACUGGAUCAUCAGCGUCCGCAUAUCAUGUCGAUGCUGCAACGUGGUCGCGACCUGAGCAAAGACGUGCAUGCGCCUUCGUUCGUUAAUGUUGAGGUGAAGAACCUGGAAACUGGUUGGCAUGAGGCCUACACCGAAACCGCAGACAAGUUGCAAUCACUGAAGGGCACACAAGCUGUAUGGAAUGAUUUUGUCGAUCAGAAGAAUGACAUUUUCUCCAUGUUGCAGACCGCAGAGACCGAGUUGCGUGCGCUCACGCCACUCCAAACCGAUCCGAAGAAUGUCAGUCAAGAUUUGCAAGCCAAACGUGAACUCAAUGUACAACUGCAGCAGGCCUCACAUCAGUUGCUACCCAAAUUACACUCCCUAAAAGCCGAAUUGGCGCCACUAGCCGCAGCCGAUAAACGUCCCAUACUGGAGAAGGAGGUGACCGAGGUUGAGAAGAUGUUCUUCAACACUAUGGAACAUGUGAAAGAUCGUGUUGGUUAUCUGGAAGACUACAGUGCCAAGUGGAAUAACUACAAAUCACGCCUGUCUGAGCUGCAAGAGUGGGCUAAUCGCGUUGCGCCGAAGAGCAUUGAAGCGCUACAAUCUGAAGAUCUCACGCCCGAGGAACGUGUAGUGAAGGUGAACGCUUUCAAGGGUGUACUCGGUGAGCGUAUGAAGCAACUGGAUAUACUCGCCUCGGACGCCGCUGAAUUGGCGCCCAAAGAGGGUAACAUUGCUGAGGCGAAACGUCUUAAAGGUGAAAUCACCAAAUUGCAAGAGGUGCUCAGCGCUAUCAAUCGCAAUGUUGAUCAUCAAUCAAAGGCCGUGAAAGAGGAUCUGGUGAAUUGGCAACAGUAUCAAACUGGUUUGCAGCAAAUCAAACCGAUCGUUGAGGAGUGUGAAAUCAAGGUAAAUACUAUAGUUCCUAAGCCCAUUACACUUGACGAAGCCGUUGCAUUGCAACAAAAUGCCAAACAAUUCGAAACACAAUGCCUAGAGCAUUUAGACAGACUCCAAGGCAUUUCAAACAUUAGUCAUAAAAUGCUGUGCAAAACCAAUGCCCCUGACGAGUUAGAUGCCAUGCAUUCCCGUUGGACAUCAGUACAUGAAAAUGCCAAGCAAGCCAGUGGUAAGCUGGAGAAAUUGGUCGCCAAUUGGAAGUCCUUCGACGCCGAUGCCGCGAAACUCGAGGACUGGGUCAAUAAGGGAGAGCAAGCGAUGGGCAAGCGUCCGGCUGUGCUCAAUACACCGCAUGUCGACAAGCUCGAGAAGGAGCUGGUCAAACUCAAGUCGUUCAAUAACGAAAUUUCCGAACAACAAGCGAAACUCGUUGCGCUCGGCCAAUCGGCCGAUCAGAUUAGUUUGCAUUUGGCGCCAGAGGGCGCUGUUGCACUCAAGGAUCGCGUGAACGGCAUGAAGGCCAAACUGCAGAAGCUUUCAGAGGCAACACGUGCCAACAUCAAUGAGGUGUCCGAUGCGAUUAUCUCACGUCAAGAUUUCAACGCGAAAAUGGUGAAUUUCUCGAACUGGAUGGAUCAGCUGCGCAAUCAAGUCGCACAAGUUGAAGAGAUCAAUCCGGAACGUGUCGAGACAAGUUUACAUGUCAUUCAUGCGCUCAUGCAAGAGCAUGCCGACAAGAAGCCCAGUUUUAAUGCCAUCUACGAUGAGGUAAAGCAACUCUCGCUCUCCGCACCCGCUGAGGAAGCCAAGACACUGAAUGACUCCUACACAACGUUGGUCGUCAAUUAUCAGAACCUCGAGACUAACUUGCAACAGAAAAAGAUUGCGCUCGAAAAGUGGACUGAGAUUUUAGGCUGGAAGAAUGAAACCGAAAGCCAUUUGAACUACCUGAAACACCAGCUGGAGAAACCAGAAGGUCCGCAACCACAAGAGCUUAAUAAGAUUAUUAAUGAAAUCGAUACCAUCGGCAACUCGAUAAGCUAUUGGAAGUCGCAAGCCAAGGAGAUUGAUGAGAGCCCCGCCAUUCAACUGCGUGACGCCUUGACACGCAAGCCGCUGAUCGCCUCACAGAUCGUUAAUGAUGUCGAGAACAAAUUGGAUAAUCUGAAGCUGCGUUCUCAGGCACAGAAACAACAGGCGGAACAGAUGAAUGUACGCAAAGAGAAAUUCCAAACCCUUGGACAGAACUUUGGCCAGGCGUUGUUAGAUAAUCGGGCUAAAUUGAAUUGUAUACUUCAACAGAAACCCGGUUUGCAUAAUAUUGACCAAAUCAUCGCCGAUUUGGUAGCGCUGAACGAAGUCAUCAAGGGUCAGGCUGACAUGAAGAAUCGUCUGCACGAUGAGGGUUCCGUAUUGAUGCGUGAAGAUAUCGCCAGCAUGCCUGCCAUACAAGAGAGUCUUCUCUUCUUCGAUAAAGACUAUGACACAUUGCAAAAUGAGAUUGCCGAACGUAUACAGAAGUACAAUCUGAUCAGUCAAGCGCUACGCGAAUAUGCCGAUACGAAGGACAAGUUCGCAAAGGAACUAAAGAAGGCCGAAGACCUUUUCAAUGCCAUACCUCAGCAGCCACGCGAUGAGGUGGAGUUGCAACAGGCUGCGGAAAAGACUCGAAAGACUAUGGAGCAGAUCCGCAAGUCCAAGACGAAUCUCGAUGAUCUCGAGCGUCGCGGCAACAACGUUGCGAAGCUGUUCGACGCCAUCGGCGAGGUUGUGCCAGCGGAGAUAGGCAACGAUGUGAAAACCGCCAAACAGCAGUGGCAAGAUCUACAUGAUAAGACUGCUAAGAAUGCGCAUAUGUACGAAACGGAAGCUGUAAUCUGGUCACAGAUCGAGGAUGCUAAGAAGGAGCUAUUGCCCUGGUUGUCGGAAACCAAUCAGGGUUUGUGCGAUGCUGCGGACAACUCGAUCGAAAUCGAGUUUGGACCCAUGCGCUUAACCAAGUUCCGCGCCGAGCUACCUUCUUACCAAGUAAUGAAAGACACAAUCGCUGAUAAGAGUCGCGAGCUGGUGAAGAUAAAUAAUGGUGUGGAGAUACCCGCACUUACUGAGCUGAAUAAACUCUUGACUGCGCAAUUCCAAGAAGUAGACUCGAAUGCCGCCCGCUUGGAGGCAGUCACGUCUACCUUCAAUGAGCAAGAGCAAGAUUUGCGUAAGAAAAUUAAAAACGCCGGUGAGCAGGUGAACAAGCUGCGUGAGCAACUGAUCAAGUGUGAUGAUAUGUCCGGUGAGCCGAACAAAAUCAUGGAGCGUCUGCUCAAAUGCCGUGAGUUGCGCGCCGAGCUGGAUAGCAGCGCUAAUGAGAUUGACAACAUCAAGCAGCGUGUUGACGAAAUGCGCACCCAAUAUCCCACAUUCAGCGAGUCCAUAAUACCUAAAGAGUUGAAUAAUGUGCACAAACGGUUUGAGGCUGUGGACACACAUGCUAAGAAAAUAGAGGCCUCGCUCUUGCAGUUCCUCAAGAAAUUCCACGCCGAUAAGGUCGGCAUGUUGAAACGCAUCAUUGCAACACAACGCGAGAAAGUCGCCUGGUGCCAGCCGGAAUCGACGAGCGAUAAAUAUAAUUUGGAUGUGAAGCGUUCCUCACUGUUGGAGGUCAGCAAGGCUAUCGAUGACUGCCAUAAACGCAAUGCUGAGAUCGGCAAGUCGCUGGAGCUGCUGACAGCUGUUGAAUCACCACAAAAUCUGAAGGAUUUGCAAAAUGAUGCCGAGCUUUUGAAUGCUGAAAUGAAGGCGCUGCAAGACAACUUCGACCAAAUCAAAAAUGUGCUGGACGAAAAUGUUGAUUUAUGGGCGCAAUACGAACAAUCUAAUGAGGAGCUCUCUGCAUGGCUGCGUGACGUUGAAGGACGCAUCAAAGCCGAAACGAGCAAUCAAGUCAAUGUACCCGAGAUCGAGAAGAAGCUACAAGAGCUUGCGCUGCUCCAACAAGAUAUACAAGCACAUGAGCCGAUUGUGAAGAAUUUGGAGAAGACCUCGCAGCAACUGAUGGAGAAGAAUCCGGAAGCGCGCAUCAGUCAAUUCGUGACACACUUGCUACAGCGCUACCAAACUGUGGCAAAGAGCUUGGCUGGUUACAUCGACAAAGUACAUAGUGCACAACGUGCGAAUAAUGAUUUCGUGGGCGCCGCUAGGGACUUCAACGACUGGUUGUCCGAUGCGAAGAUUGAGUUCCAAGAAUUGGCGCGCAUGGGUUCACCCGGCUCCUCCUCGGCCACUGCACAGCAAUUGCAGACCAUCAAAAACUACUUGAAGACCUUCGACAAUGGUCAGGUCUUGCUGAACAAUGCUGUGGACAUCGGCGAGGCACUUUACCCAAUAGUGACGCCCGAGUAUCGUGAGAAGAUACGCGCUGAGCUCCGUAACAUACGCGAAAACUAUGAUUACUUGCGUGAUGAAGCAAACGCCUUGCUACAGCAAGUCGAGGCGGUGUUGAUACAGAAGACCUCCAUUGAGGAGAGUUACACACAAGUCUCCCACUAUCUCAACGAUUCUAAGGCGAAGGUCGCCGCUGCCGAUGAACUCUAUCCCACGUUGGCCGCCAAGAAAAACGCUCUGCAGAACUACAAGACACAGUUGCAAGAGAUCACGCUGCAUAAGAAUGCGUUGAAACAACUACACGACAAGGCGGUGACACUCUGUGACGAUGAAUCCGAACGAAAGACCGAAGAGUCCAUCGAAGAGUAUAACGGUUUGUCCAAGAAGAUCGCCGAUCGCAUUAACGUUGUCGGAAACCAGGUGGUCAAACAUGAAGCCUACGAUCAAGUGCUUGAGAAAGCGCAAGAUUGGCUCAACACCAUCAAAUCCGAAGCUAUCGACAUUCUAAAUGAGACCACAUUCGAAAAGGAGGGCGCCGAGGAGAAGUUGACUGUUGUCGAGAACUUACUGCAACACAAGCCUGAAGGUGACUCAAUAUUCGAUACUUGCCAACAACUACUACAAACCGUGCUCACUCAGACGCAUUCUAACGGUCACCCCGCAUUACUGCGCAGCUUUGAAGAGCCCAAGAAGGCAUGGGAUGAGUUUAUGACACUCUGCCAAGACUCACUGGUCAAACUCAAGCAGCUCUGCUCUAAAUGGGAUGAGUUCGAAACGAUUAUUGACGAGAUCGACAACUGGAUGAAGGAGGUUGAGAAUGUGGUAAAGAACCAGAGCCUGAAAAGCACAGCUGACACGAAGAAGGCGCAUUUGGCUCAGUUACAGAAGAUUUCCAAGGACAUUGACCAACGUGCCGCUUCCAUCAACGACCUACUCGAUCAAGGCCGCGAGAUCGAAGGCGAGACCGAUUUGAAUUUGAAAUUGUCCCGCUUGAAUACACGUUAUCAGACGUUGAAAAAUCUCUGCAAGGAGUCCAUUGCAAAGUACGGCAACUACACGAAAGAUCACGAAACUUUUGAUGCGGAUUACGAAAUCUUCAAGAAGGAUCUACAAGAGUGCAUAGCAGAUUUGGCGCAAAAUAGUGAAAUCGUCGGUGAUCAAACCGUCUUGCAGGAGCGUCAAAAUAAAUUGCGAGAAAUGGCCGACAAACGCAUCAACGACUCUACUAUCUUUGAGAGUUUGGUCGAUCGCGGCGAAAAGUUGUACGGACACACAAGUCCCGAUGGUCGCGAGAUUAUACGUCAGCAAUUGCGCACACUGCGCACAAUGUGGGACAACUACUCGGAUGAUCUGAAUACCGCUACACAGAAGAUCGAUCACUGUCUGCAGCAGUUCAACGAUUUCAAUAUUGCUAAGGAUCAACUGACUAAGUGGUUGAAGGACGUGGACAAGGCCAUGCAGAGCCAUACCGAACCGAAGACUACACUGCAGGAGAAACGUGCACAAUUGCAGAAUCACAGGUUACUACACCAGGAGAUCACCACCCACAAUGUGCUGGUGGAUAAUGUAUGUGACAAAGCGCAAGUGCUGAUCGACCAGAUCAAGGAUAACACAUUGAAUGUCUACCUACAAUCGAUCAAACAACUUUUCAACAACAUUGUGCAAAAGUCUGAGGAGAUUCUUAACAACCUUGACGAGUGCGUGCAAGAGCACACGGAGCUCAACAACAAAGUCGCCGCUGCCAAGACCUGGAUCUCUAGCGAGAAGGAGAAACUGCUGGAAUGUGACGAUGCUUAUGGUGAAAAGGCAGAUAUUAAGCGUAAGAUCGAGACGCUGGUGCAGUUGUCGCAGAACAAACCGCACGCACAGAAGAUCGUCAGUGAGAUACGCGAACAAUUUGAUAAGGUGAAGACCAGCACUUCGCCGAAGGGCAACGAAAUACUCGAAAAGGAGAUCGAUGAGCUUGAGACCACAAUCAAGAGUCACUUUGACGAUAUCGAAGGCAUCGAAGGCAAGCAAAAAGAUGUGCUCCAGCAAUGGAAUGACUUUGAGAGCAAACUUGAGGAAUUGACCAAGUGGUGUCGUCAGGCCGAAGCAGUCUUCCGCGAACAGCAACUGAAAUCAACGCUUCAUGAGAAGGUCGAGCAGUUGGAGAAAUACAAAAUCCAACGCGAUCUCAUUUUGCAGAAGGAGAAAGAGAUUGAUGCUUUCGCUGAUGCGGCACAUGCCUUACUGAACAACUGCGGCGCUGAACGUCUCAAGACGCUCACCAUACAAAUAACCAACCGUUAUCAACUCUUGCAAGUGCUCAGCAAAGAAGUCGUCAACCGCUGGUCGAAUCUGGUUGACGAUCACCAAUUCUAUCAGGACAAAUACAAUGAAGUGGACCUGUGGCUCCAACCCAUCGAGCAGCAGCUGGAGAAUGCGUUGAAGAAUGAGCCAUCGCAAUCCGCAAAUAUCUUGCAAGUACUGCUCUCCGAGAAGGAGCAAGCUGAUACCUUGUUUAGUGCGCUCAAUGCGGCUGGUGAGAAGGCGUUGCCCGAAACCUCAACAGAGGGACGAGAAAAAAUACGCAAGGACUUGCGUGAAAUACACGAACGCUGGGAUAAGCUUGACGAAGGCAUACGCAAUCUGCAGAAGCGCCAAGAGGCACAGAGUGUGCAACUGUCCAGCUACCAAGAUAUUCUCGGUCAGACCAUCAAUUGGUUGGAUCAAAUUGAGAAGGUGUUGCAAAAUGAAAAUCCUGCCACCUGGACCAGCGCUCAGGAGAUACGUUCAAAGCUCUACAAGUACAAGUCCACCACGCAAGAUAUCAAUUCGCAUAAGCGUAUUAUUGAAGCAGUGAACGAGAAGGCCGCUGUGCUUUUGGAGGGUACAGUGCCCGCCAAUGCCGUCGAGAUCAGGCAGGCUGUUGAGGAUGUCAAUAAACGUUAUGAGAAGGUGGCCGCCGAUUGUGCCACACUACUCGCACAACUCGAGGAGGCUUUCGAUGUCUACCAGCAGUUCAGUGAACUUCAGAAGGCUCAACAAGAUUACCAGAAGAACCUGUGGGACCGCCUCACAGGCUAUUCAGAUUACUCUGGCAACAAGCCUGCGCUACAAGCACGCCUUAAUAAGAUCUGCGAAAUUCAAGACGUCUUACCCGAAGGUGUCGUCAAACUACAAAACCUCUCAGCGCAUAUUGAAGAGAAAGCCAAGUUAUUGCCUGCUCGCUCUAAGGAAGCCAUGUCACGUGACCUUGGAAAUUUGCAUGCCGACUUUGACAAAUUUAGCGCUGCGCUGAGUGAUGUAAAGAGUGGACUCGAGAAUCGUCUGCAGCAAUGGAGCGAUUACGAGGUGAACUUGGAUCGUUUGAUCACAUGGUUGAGCGAGGCUGAGAAUGCGCUCAAGAACUACAAUCCAAAGUCCACAAUGGAAGAGAAGGAAGAGCAAUUGAACCGCUUCCAAUCGUUGAUGCAGAACCUGCGUCAAAAUGAAAUUGAGUUUGAGAAAAUGAAAGACGACUCUUCGGAGCUGAUACAGAGCUCGGGCGAAACUAGAAUUGCCGUAAAUGUACAACAGGUGACUUCACGUUUCCAGUCUAUACAAGCGACCACCAAGGAGAUACUCAAGAAGUGCGAACAAUCUGUGUAUGAUCACCAACAGUUUAAUGAGAAAUACAAGCAAUGCUCUGACUUCCUCGCCACCGCGCAAGCUAAAUAUGAUGAUUCUAGCGAUCUCUCGCAGGUCGGUUCUCGCGAUGAUCUGCUGAGGAAGCAAACUGCCAUACAAGAGCUUUUGGCACAACAACCCAAUGCCUCGCUGAUGCUGAACGGCACUAUUGAGGCUGGUGAGAAAUGUUACCCAUCCACAGCCACCGAAGGUCGUGAGGCCAUUCGCGUACAAUUGGCCGAGUUGCAAGAAGCUUUCGAUAAACUCUAUGACAAUGUGACAAUCACAUCACGCAAGCUGCAAGAUAAGAUGUCCAAAUGGUCUGGUUUUGACGAGAUUGCCGAGAAAUUGCAGUCGUGGUUAAACGAGAUUGAAAAGACACUGCCAGCCGAUAUCGAGCUUAAAACCACGCUUGACGAGAAACGUGCUAAGUUGCAAUCCUACCGCGACAUACUCAACGAUCUCAACAACCAUCAAGUUGAGGUGAAAAAUCUGCAAGAAAUUGCCAGUAAUUUGCCCGAGCAAAACGAUCACGUUGAGCACAUCACGAAAGAGAUCGCCGAACAGUUCGCUAAGGUGCACAAACGUGCGCAAAACUUCGUCGAACGUUAUGAAGCUAUCGUGAGCGAUCACCAGCAAUAUACAAAGGCCGUGCUGGAGGCGCAAGAGUAUAUUGAUGCCACACACAACACCAUCGACUAUUGGGGCGAUUUGGAUUUGGAACAAGUCUCUCUGCAUACAAACUUGGACCGUUUGAAGAAUCUCAAAGACAGUUUGGCAGAUGAGUUCCCACGCGUGGAUCAAGUGCGCGCUUUAGGCGAAAAGGUUAUACCCGGCACCGUUGAGAGUGGCCAGACAAAUAUCAAAUCACAAAUCGAUACCACACAACAGGAAUGGGAAGGACUCAUCGCCGCUAUUACUUCGACAAUCGAAGCUAUCGAAAAUCGCCUCCAACAAUGGGCAGAAUAUGAGCAAUUACGCGAUCAGUGUUUGGCUUGGAUACGUGAAUCGGACAACAAGCUGCACGCCAUCGAUCUGAAACCAACCCUGGAAGAAAAGAAGUCGCAGUUGGAAGCGCUCAAGAAUCUACAGGGCGAGAUGCGCGCUAAGGAGCUAGAAAUUGAUAGUGUUUCUGAGAAGGGUCAGUCAUUGCUGAAGGGCGCGUCCACUAUGCGUUCAUCUGGUCCCGAGUUGACCACGAAGUAUCAGCAGAUCUUCAAUAAAGUCAAAGAACUCAACAAUCGUUGGCAACAAUAUGUCACAUCCCAUCAGGAGUUCGACAAUGCUGUUUCUGAGUGCGGCACCUGGAUUAACGACAUUAAGGAUAAACUUGACUACUGCGCUGAUAUGUCCUCCAUGAGCCAAAAAGAGCUGGAUAAGAAGUUGGCUACCAUACAAGAUAUUAUCCUACUUAAGGAUGAAGGCUCUGCUAAGGUGCUUAGUAUUGUUGAGCUGGCGCAGAAUGUGCUCGCCAAUACCGCGCCAACCGGUCACGAAGCGAUCAACAAAAAACUGACAGAUCUGCAAGAACUUUGGUCCAACAUUGCCUUACGUAUUAUCGACGUCAAGGCUACAUUGGACGACUCCAUAACACAAUGGUCUGGUUUCUUGGAGCAAGUACAGAAUGUUCGCAAAUUUAACGAAUGGCUGGAGAAUGUGCUGAGAGAACUCUCUGAGCACCAGACAACCAUGCCUGAGAAACGUGCUCAACUCGAUCGCGUGAAGGCGACUGAAGAGAAGGUGCGUGUGGAGAAGAUCGAUGUGGAUGCACUAAAGGUGCAAGCGAAGGAAAUGAUUGCCAGCGGCCAACAAAGCCAAGCCGCCUACCAAGCGCAAAAAGUGCUCGACACCUUUGAUGAACUUUGUGCGCGCAUACAGAAACUGCUCUCCGAUCGUCACGAUCAGUACAGAGAUCAUCGCCUUUACAAGGAAGCUUACGACGACUUGGUUAGCUGGAUAAGUCGUGCACGUGAGAAGUUUCCCGCGCUCAAGCAGAGCAGUCUGAGCGAUAAACUGGCGAUCGAAAAUGCUGUGCAGGCUACCGAGGCUAUGCUGAACAAGCAAGCACAAGGUGAACUUUUAGUCGAACAUUUAGUGCACACUGGCGAGGUUGUCUUGACCAGCACCUCACCUCAGGGCCAGGAGAUCAUACGCAAUGACAUACGUGCACUACGCGACAGUUUCGAGUCGCUUUUCCGUGAGAUCAAUCAACAGAAAGAGAGCUUGGAGGAAACCAUGGUUCAGUGGCGUGCCUACAAAGAUGAGUAUGAGCGUUUGAUCGAGUGGCUGCAGCAAAUCGAUAUACUGGUUAAGAAUCAUAAAUUGAAUUUGUCGCCGAGCUUACCGGAUAAAGAGAAACAGGCUGUGGAUAUGCGUGAGGUCAUGACGCGCUUGGAGAAGGGCAAAGACGACAUUGAUAAGUUCAACGCCUCCUCCGCCGGCUUGCUGAAGUCGCAUUUGGAAUCGUAUGUGAAUAAUCAGUUGAGACACUUGAAUUCCAUGUAUCAAGUGCAGGUGAAUCUCGCUAAGGACGUACUCAAGAAGGUUGAGACCAAUCGGGAUCAACAUCGUGAGUAUAAUGCGAACUUGAAGGCGGCACAAGAUUGGAUCAACGACGCCAAGGAAGCUAUACGUGAAGCUAGUGACUCAUCAAGCGCAGGCUCUAAGGAGCUUUUGCAGAGACGCCUCGAAAAGAUACAGCAAUUGAUCAACAACCGCGAGAUCGGCCAGAACUUGGUGCACACAGCGAUUAACAACGGUGAGAAGGUUGUGAGAAACACACGUUCCGAUGGCCGUGACACGAUUAAUUGUGAAAUGCGCGAUCUACAAAAUGACUGGGAUCGUUUGGUUAAGAAAAUGUCUACUGCCAAGGUACAACUGGAGACUAAUCUACUACAAUGGGCGGACUACAGUUCGAGUUAUUCACAACUACAACAAUGGAUGACCGACCGCGAAGCGAAGUUGCAACAGGCGUGUGAGCAGAAGGUUGCCAAAUCGAAACGCGGUCAACCGGGACUCACUUCCGGCUUGAGUGAACGCAAAGCUAAUCUCCGUCAAACAAAUAAUAUUGUACAGGAUAUUGUGUCAUUCGAGCCAAUGAUUCAAUCUGUAGCUUCAAAGGCCUCUGAUCUGCAACAGGGCGCACCAGCUUCAGAGAUAUCCAACAAAUAUGAGACACUAACCAAACAGGCGAAGGACUUGUAUGACAAACAAAAGACUACUAUCGACGAAUUCCAAGCUUUGAUUGAUGCUGGUAAUGAAUUCGCCGCCUGGCUACGUAAUGCCAAGGAGCGUUUGAGCAAAUGCUCGGAGCCGACUGGUGAUAAACAAGCUUUAGCUGAGAAGACCCACCAAUUGAAAAUCCUGCAAAGUGACGUGCCUGAAGGUAGAAAGAAAUUGGAACUUGUGUUGACGCGUGGUGAAAACGCCAGCCACAUCGGCGAACAGGAAGACAAGGAUAUUAUUGAAGAAGAGGUUGGCUUGCUACAAGAAGAAUUUGAGGCCUACGUGGAGACUCUGACCAAAGCCAAGGAUAAUUUGGAAGUUGGCAUUGUGAAGUGGUCCGACUACCAAGACCAAUACACUGAAGCAUUGGAAUGGCUUUCGAAAACCGAAGCGCUCGUUCAGUCGUACAAUAAAUUACAAGAUAGUUUGGGUCAUAAGAAGGCGGUGUUGGAAGAGUUCCAAGGCCUUCUGCAGACACUCUUCGAAUGGCAGAAAACUUUGGAUAAUUUGAAUAUGAAGGCACAAACACUGCUCGAAACCUGCUCGGACACACGCAUCAGUAACGGCAUCAUGCAGUUGGCUACCAAAUAUAACACGUUACUCACGCUGGCCAAGGAAGUGAUGCGUCGCCUUGAGUUACACUACCAGGAGCAUCAACAACAUCGCACGCUGUACGAGGAAUGUCAAGGCUGGAUCGAGGCGACACGUGAGAAGCUUACAGAUUGCGCCCAAAUACCCGGUACCUUGAAUGAGGUGCAAAUCAAAUUGAACACCGUGAAGAACUUGCGUCAAGGGUUCGAGUCGGGUCAAAAUAAAUUGCGUUAUCUACUUGAGUUGAAAGAAAAGGUGGCUAUGAAUACCGAACAAAGUGGCGCCAUCAAGGUGCAGGAAGACACCGACGCAUUGAAACAAGAUUUCGACAAGUUGCUCGAGGAUAUGAACGACGUGCGCCAGCAAUUGGCGAACCGACUCACACAGCUGGAAGAAGUUUAUAAAUUGCUUAAAUUACUGACCGAGUGGCUUGAAGAUGUCGAGCCGAGCGUCAAAACGAGCGAUGAGUUCUUGAACGAUUUGAGUGAAAAACGCGCCGCUUUGGAGAAAUUCCGCGCCAUACAACGUGACAUCAACGGCCAUAAUGACAUAGUCGAGAAGAUCAAUACACGUCUGAAUGAAGACAACAGUCUCGAUCGCCAAGACUUCCACGACGGACUCAGCAAAUAUGAGCACCUACAAGAGUCUGUCGGCAAAAUCAUUGAGUCUCUCGAGAACCAAGUCAAUAACCAUGACAAAUAUAAGCAAGCCUUCAACGAGAUACAAGAUUGGCUGCGACGCACACGCAUCGAGAUCGAACAAUGUGCGGAUUGUCACGGUGAGAAGACACAGGUAGAAGAGCGUCUCAAUAAAUUGGGCGAUAUUGGCGCCACCAUGGUGGAGGGCAAAUCGCUGUUGGACGCUUGCGAGGAACUAAGUCAAGCGGUGAUUGCGACAAGCGGCAAUGAAGGUCAAGACACGGUCUCACAGGAAAUUAAACAGCUCGUAGCCGAAUGGGAAGCGCUCCAAGCUAUGGUGCGUGAUGCACGUGCCAAUUUAGAGACGUGCCUCUCAUUGUGGAACACAUUCCUGACAAACUUCAUUAAGAUCAAUAAAUGGAUUGAAGAUGUGAGCCGACGUGUGGCUACCGCUGGCGAAGCCGAAAAUAAAACACCCGACGACUUGGCAUACGCCAAGAACUUGCUGGAGGAGGUUGUUGCCGAAAAGGAUAACGUCGAAGAUUUGAACGACGCUUGUGAGCUGCUAAUGGAACACAGCGCUUGCACGCGAGUACGUGAUCAGACCGUGGAAACGCAAGCAAACUACACCAAACUCUUGACUUUGGCACAAGGUCUCGUUUCCAAGAUCGAAAAGAAUCUCUCCGAUCACACCGAGUUCUUGAAUUACAAGAAGGAAAUGGAUGCUUGGAUUGAGAAAGCGCAGCAGAUACUCGAUGGUUGCACUGGCGACGGUGAUGUGAGCGAGAUCGCACAGCAAUUGGAGACCGUAAAUUCUCUCUCCUCACGUCUGCCCGAAGGCCAACAUCUACUCGGCAUGGUACAGGAGGCCUACACCAAAGCAUCGAACAUCACACCCGAAGGUAAACAGGAGGUAUUACGUGAACUCAUGACUAAAGUGCGUGAGGAUUGGGAUGCCUUGGGUCUGGCCGUUAAACAGAAGUUGAGCGACUUGAAGCAAGCACAAAAUCGUUGGUCCGACUUCGCCAACAAUCGUGACAAAGUCGAGAAAUGGCUUGUUGACACUGAGAAUACACUCAAAGUUGCACCCGACACUAAGGGUGAGCUGAGUGAAAUGAAGACACUGCUCGAACGCUACAAAGCACUGCAAAAUGAAAUCAAACAAAAGGGUAAUGAAAUUGAGAAUUUACUCGGCGAAGCUAAGGGUUUGGGCACCGAAGUGGAUGCGGUACAUCAGAAGCAAACACGUUGGGAGAAAGUAAAGAACGAUUGUGCUGCUUACAUUAAGAGUUUGGAGAAUGAAAUGGCCGAUUAUAAUGCAUAUCAUCAGAGUCUGCAGGAUAUUGAAAAGUGGUUGUUGCAAAUUUCAUUCCAAUUGAUGGCACACAAUUCACUCUUCAUUUCGAAUCGUCAGCAAACUGAGGAGCAGAUUAAACAGCACGAAGCUCUGUUGGAUGAAAUACAGAAAUAUCAAUCGAACUUGGAUGAUUUGAAUGCUAAGGGUCAGGCGCAAAUUAAUCGCUAUGCCCCAACAACGCCAGCCAUACGAGACACGGUCGAGGCGCAGUUGAAGAACAUACAAGACAGUUACAAUUCGCUGCUGCAGACCUCGGUGCAGAUAAAGAACCGAUUGCAUGAGUCAUUGGCUAAGUUCAAGGAGUACGAGGACACUUUGGACAGUAUAAUGCGCAAUUUGGAGACCUACGAACCGGUUAUACAGAAUGAGCUUGAUGCGCCGGCUACCAGCUUGCAGAUUGCACAACAGCAAUUGAAGUGUGCACAGGAUCUCCAAAACAAGCUGAACAACGAGAAGUCUCGCCUUGCUGCUGCCGUACAGGCUUGUGAAGCGGCAACCGCCUCCAUCAGUCGUCCCAGUUCACCGCUAGAGACCGCUAUGCAAGCCAUACCCGAACGUGAGCUAAUUGUGCGCGCAAAAUUGGAGGAUUUGCUGGAUCAGAUGCCGAGCAACCAAAUGCCGAGCUCAAGCAACAUCGUCGCUAAAGCCGAUGUCGAUGUUGAACUAAACGAGUCCACGAGAGAUGCUCUGUUGCGUGAUCCAGUUGCUCAGGAGCGUACGAAUACGAAAAUUGUACGCGCCAAUAGUGAGCGUGUAACUAAGCUUAAUGCACUAAUAACUAAGGUACAAUCCCACUUGGGUGGAUUGACCGCUUCAGUGAGUGAAUUAGAGCAACAGCAGAAACAGCGCGCUGAGCUUCAAGAUUGGGUGAAGAAACAGCAGACUAGUGUCAGUGAUUGGCUAACACGGCCAUGCAAGCUACGACCCGAAGCAGCUAAGCAGGAGUUGGUUGCCAUGAACGACUUAUUGAACUCGAUUGGUGAUAAGCGUUCACAGCUGAUGUUGGAAAUGACUGGAUCGUUGGCCGAUGAGGACACCGAUCUCGACGAUAACCUUGACAAACUCGAGUCAGAAUUGAUGAAUGCUAUCGCCAAGAAACAAGCUGGACAGAAUGAUAUCGACAGCUAUCGUCAGGGCGUACAAGAUGUACAAAACUGGUUUGAUUCCUUAAUCAAGCGUAUGGAUGUUUUGGAUAAGGGCUCCGGUUUGAAUUGUGCACAAAAAGUGGCUGCCAUCAAUGAGAUUAGGAAAGAGUUCGAAGAACAAGGUCCCAGCAAAAUACAAGAGCUAAAGGGUAAGGCGGCACAAGUGGCUGAGGCCAUUAGCAAUUUGGAUGGCCAACAGGUGGAAGAGCAAAUGAAAUCUUUGGAUCGUCGUCAUGCUGAUCUCGGCAAGCGUAUCGAUCGUAAGGCGCAAUUGCUUGAUGUUACCAAUAAGGGUGUUGAAGGUGCUAAGGGUGAAAUUGAACAGUUGCACAAUUGGGUUAAGGAUAAAAUACAAGAGUUGCAAAAACCCACUGCCAUGGGUUAUGAGCCCAAGGCAGCUGAGGCGCGCCAACAGGCUAUUAAGGGUAUUAUGAAGGAGGCCGAAGCAAAGAAGUCGCAAGCUGAUGCUUUGGAGAAACGCAUCGCCAAUAUGCAGCCCGAACUCGAACCUGUUGAGUAUGCACAACUGGAAUCAGCGCUGCGCCAACUGAACUCUGAACAAAAGAAUCUCUCUGAAGUGCUGAAGAGCGAAUUGGAUCGUGCUCUGGAUGCAUCCAAAGCACGCAAAGCACUCGAGACAGAUUUGGAGAAGGCGCGCGCGUGGCUGAAAUCGAAGAUUGCUGAGGUGCGCAAACUCCCCGCCUACCAUCCACUGCAGUCAGCUGAAAUUGAGAAAAAAAUACAGGAGAACAAAAAGUACGACGAUGAAGCGAAACAAUUUAAUGAUUCUGUAUUGAGUGAUGUGCAACGCCAGGCAGCGAAUAUCAUGAAGGACUGCCCAGAGGCAGAUAGAGCAGCUCUGCAGAAGAUACUAGAUGAAAUUGCAGGCGACUAUCAAACGCUGAAGGAUGAAAGCGGUAAACGCGCCAAGGCACUAGGUGAUCUUCUACAAGGACGUAAGUCCUUUGAGGAUGCCCUGAAGAACAUGGGCGAUUGGUUGAACGAGAUAGAGACCGCAACCUCGGGCGAGCUGCGUACAACCAGUGUGCCAGUUUUGGAAGAACAAAUGGCCCACUACAAGAAAUUGCUGGAAGAUGCUGAAGGUAAAGCUGACCUGAUGAACAACGUUGCUGAGCAAGGAAAAGGCAUAUUGCCCACUCUCAGUAAUCCUGACAAAUUGAAACUCAAUGAGGAUAUCAAGAACCUGAAGGACCGUUACGGUAAAGUCACGCAAAACAUCAAAGACCGCGUCAACACACUUGCUGAUCACAUCAAGAAAUACAAGGACGCCAAGAGCAAGCUCGCUGACUGCAUGGAGUUCCUCAGCACAAUACAACAACGUUUGCGCGAGCUUAACAAACCCAUCGGCGCAAAAAUCGAGGACGUGCAAGAUCUGCUGGGCGCCUAUGAGGGUAUACUUAAGGAGCUCAAGGAUAGCAAGAACAAGAUGGGCGAUAUGCAAAUUGAUGACUUGCCUGAACUGCAGAGCAUCUUGCAGCAACAGGAUGAUAUGAUCAAAUUGAUUGAAGAUCAAUUGGCUCACCUGCGUCAAUUGUUGUUGCUGCGCGAGCAAUUCAUUGCUCUCAUCAACGAGAUUAUCGCCUUCAUCAUGAAGUACACCGAUGUCAUAAUCGAUAUUGAAAACUCGCCCGACAGUUUGGAAGAUAAGAUAAACAAGUACGACAACGUUAUCGUCAAGAUUCAAGAAUGUGAGGGUCUUCUUGCAUCGGCGACCGAUAAGGGUCAAAAAAUUGCCUCAGAGGGCACAGCUGCUGACAAGAACAGCAUCACUGAACAAUUGCAAUCACUGAAGAACCAACUGCAAAACCUACGUAAAGCAGUUGAGUCCCAACGACAGAAACAUCAAGUGCAACUUGAACACCAUCGUAAAAUGGCUGCCGAGCUCUCUGAAAUACUCGAUUGGCUACAUAACAAUGAAGCUGCCGCCAAGUCUCGUCCGCUUUUGGAUCGUGAUCCCGAAUCUGUUGAACACGAGAUACAAAAACAUCACACGUUAUCUAACGAAAUCCAAGAAUAUCUCGACAAAUUCAACAAAAUCAACGCCAGCGUUAAAUCGGAAGUUGGCAUGCCAAGCUCUUUAGUCGAAAUGCUGUCCGAAGGCCGUUCCUUGGUCUCUUCACUGCCACAAGAACUUGAAGAUCGCGAAAAGUAUUUGAUCAACAAUCGCGACUCACGUCUUGAAUAUAUGCAAUUAGUAUCCAAAUUCAAUGAUUGGGUACAUGAGGCUGAGACGCGUCUGCAGAACAGCCAACAUGGCAUCGACUAUGAAAAUCUUGUACAAGACUUGGAGGAGCAUAAAAUAUUCUUCGGCAAUGAAACACCCAUCAAGAAUUUGGUACACAAGCAGAUACAAGAAGCCGCCGAUAAGAUUUGGCCAUCAUUGAGCAAUUUUGAACAGUCGGAGUUGUCGCGAGAACUGGCACAAUAUCAAACUAAAUUGGCGAACACCUUCGCCGUGGCGAAAUCACAGCAAAGCGAGCUAGAGAAGGAAGUCGAGCGAUGGCGUGAAUACCAACAGUCGGUGGAACGCGUUAAGGCGACCAUCGAACGUAGCAAGUUCAGCGAUGAGCCCGUGCAGAAUUUGGCUGGCCUACACUUUAACAUACAAAAGUUGACGCAUGCCAUCGGCAAUGUGCAGAGCCAAACAAGUGACAUCACACUUGCCAAUCAACAAGCCCAGGGUCUUAUACGUCAAGCCGAUGCACGCAAUCGUCAGCUGAUUGAACAGGAUAACGCCGAAUUGAAUCGUUUGUGGAACGAAUUAAUUAAGGGACUUGAAACACGUCGUGAUUCAUUACAAAGUAUUGCCGAACGUUGGGACGAAUUUGAGAAUCAUUUACAUAGCUGGGAGAAGGCAAUUAGCCGUUUGGAAGAUAAAUUCCGCAAUGUCGACCCAGUAGUUAGGUCGAGACGUCAUUUGGAAGAUACAAAGAAUGCCAUCCAGGAAAUACUCGCCGAAUCUGAAGAACUUAAAUCAUCACAUAAAGAGAUUGAGGCGCUCUCAAAAUCAAUCGUCACAUUCCUUGGGGAAGUUCACCAACCCACAUCGCAGGCCCUACAGGCCAAAGUGGAUAACUUAGUACAGCAGCAAACAAAAUUAAACGACACCCUACGCGAGAAGGAUCGUCAGGUUGGCAAGGAUUUGGACGAGAUCGAACAGGUCUUCCAUCGCAUCUCAGAGUUGCAAGAUAAAUUCAACACCCUACUCGAGCAAAUACAAGAGGUACAUACGUUUGACGAGAAUAUAGCCGCCAUUGAGAAGACGCUCAACGAUUUGCAACAACAAGUCAACAAAGCUGUUGAGCAGAGCACACAACUGAUCGCCAAGACCAAGGAAAAUUAUCUACAAAAACAAAAUCUCGUACCAAGUGAUAUAGCACAGGAGUUUACUGCAUUGGAAUUGCUCUCGGAGCGUGUACAAGGCGCCAUGGAAACGAAACAGAAGGAAUUCAAACGUGCCAAGACUGUACGCACCGAAUACUUGAGUGGCGUCGAUGAAAUCCAAAGAUGGCUGCGUCAAGCGGAAGUACAAGUACAGGAUCGCACACUGGCACCCGCACAAAUGAAAGAACUCUUGCAUCGUAUUAAUCAGGAAAUCACCGGCAUUUAUGAACGUUUCACAAUGGUCAAGACAAAUGGACAACUGAUUAUCGAUAAUUGUCGCAAUAGUAAUGAGAAAUUAUUGGUACAAUCGACAAUCGAUCAAUUGGCACAGGAAUUGGGACAAGUACGCUCGUGGUUGGAUGAGAAGAAGCAACAAGUUGGUGAUAGUUUGGAUGCAUGGACGAGAUUUAUGAAUCUGUAUCAAAUUGUGAUGGCGUGGGUGGCAGAGAAACGUACCUUCAUCGAUCAGACAAUCGAACUGCGUACACUGCCCGAGGCGCGUAACAAGCUAAAUGACUAUGUAGCGGCUGUGAAGAGUAUAAAACCGAUCGUUAAGCAUUUAAGUGAAAUGGAUAAGGAACUGGAACAUAUUGGACAAGUGACGACUGUGGGCGAUCUCAAGGACAAACUGCAAGAGGCUGAGGAUGCGAAGGUUUCCGUGGAAGCGGUGCUACUGGAAAGGAAUUCCCUACUACAAGAAGCCUGCGAAGAAUGGGAUCAAUGUGAACGAAAAAUUAAGGAUAUACGCGGUUGGAUCGAUAAAGCGAAACAAUCAUUGGACUCACCACAACAUAAGAAGAAACCACUGCGCGAUCAAUUGGGUUACUGCGAGAAAACAUUGGCGGACAUAAAUGUACAGAAGACGAAAUUGCGUUUGUCUAUUGAAAAAUUGGAGGUGCACUUCCGCAAUGGUAUGGGUGGCGAUCCGCGUCUAAGCGAAAAUGUUGAUGAUCUACUGAUAAUCUUGGACGGUCUAGCGGAAUUGGUACGCACCAAAACCACUAGUCUGGAAGAGACACUCGGCCAGAUUGAUAUCUAUCAACAACAGAUGCAAACGUUGCGUCAAAAGAUCAUACAAGAGGAGCAACAAUUGAGACUCGUAAUGGCGCCCACGUAUCUGCCACACGAUCGUGAGCGUGCAUUAGCCGAGCAACAGGCACUACGUGCGUCUAUCGAUGCCAUGCAACAGCAAUACGAUGGGAUCGCAGCCUUAUCAUACACGCUGGAUCCGCAUUCCGUUGUUACCACAUCAUCGGCUGUAUCCAUGCUAUUGAAGCCAUCCAAAUUAGGAUUAUCCUAUGCGGAAGUGCUUUCCGGACAUUCGAGUCCCGUUAGCUUUGCACAAACGGAUAAUGUCCUACAUAAUGUACAGAGUAAGAUACAAAAUGCUAAAUUGCAUGACAACACCCACAUUGCGAUGGUUAAAAGUACGAAUGAUAAUGAUAAUACUACAACAAAAACAACCACAACUACGAUACAGACUACCACCACCCAUAAUAGUGCAGUAGUAGAAGGUGUUGAACCAGAGAAAGUACAAGAAUUUGAACCUCAACAAUAUGAAGACACGACGCAAAGAACGCCACCAACGCAUGUAGCGCACAACGAUAAUGUCAAAACAAAUGUGUUAGCAACAUCAAUCGGCGAACCACGCGUGCAGAGCACGCAAAGUGAAUAUGUAAAUGAGAACGGUCAGCGCGUGAUGGGAACACGUACAAUAACGACGCGUACGAUAACGACGACGCAGCAACAGACAAGCAGCGCACAACAGCCAAAGAGUGAAGAGCCUGAUGUAACGGUAAGUUCCUGGCAUGAAGCGUCUGUUGAGCUCAACCCGCCAAGCGUAGCGAAUACGGAAGCGCCACAAGCUGCUGUGCGUCAGCAACAACAGCAACUACAGGCGCCCCGCGAACAGCGUCGUGGCCGCUCACCGCGCCGUCGGCAGCAACAACAACAACAGCAGCAACAAGACGAAACGCUGCAUCAUACACAACAAGCUCAACACACCUCGGAAUAUUCGACGCGCGGGCAACGUGUAACGCGCUCGCACGAAUCUAAUACGACGCGCACCCAGGCACAUGCCAGAACCCAACAGCUUCAACAACAACAACAAACACAUUUGCUCGCACCAGCACAAGAACGUGUGCGCUCACGCAGCCCCAUUUGGGCGCCUGGCUCUACAUCGUACGCUGAGGUUUUGCGCGGCAUUGAAUUAGAACGCCAACGCGUUGCGACUGCUGCACAAAAGCGCGCACAAAGCGGCAUACAAUCUAUUAUUACCACAACCACGACCAGCACGAGUGAUUACGUUACGCCAGCGCAGGCGCCAGCGUUAACGGAGCCACCCCAAGUGGAAGAGACACAGAAAAUGCAGCAAAAUGUGGUUGUAAAUGUGCCAAUAGUGGACACAUAUGUUGGCGAUGCAGAGGAAAAUAUUGUGAGUUAUCAGCAGACCGUGUAUGACACGAGAGAAACAGGCGCUGAGUUCGCAGACAUUGUGCUAACCACAAGUCACGAUUCGCCGCCUACCUCGCAUACAUUUGUUGAGAAUAUUACAACGCCGAGCACUUACGAAAUAACUAUGAACUCGAGCACUUUCGCGGACACAACCGCUACCACGUUACCAAACACAUAUGUCGAAACCGCUACCAUACCCACCUCUUACAUCGACACGUCCGUCCCUGCAACCAAUGUGCCAAUGACCGCAGCAGAAAUACAAGCUACCUACUUACAACCCGAUCCACAGCUCUAUCAGAGCAUGUAUGAGAACAUGGCUGACGCCGGUCAAUGGGGCUACGCGACCGUGCCUGAUGCACAACAAGUCGUGCAACCCGAUCAAACUACAAGUACGCAAAAUUAUUACGAACAGAUAAUGCAAAUGCAAUAUCCACAGGGCACAACGCAGGCGCAGACAACGUACGCCCAAUAUCAGUACCAUCCGACUGCAACCCAAUAUCAGUUAAUGACUGGUUACUACCCCGCCGGGCAACAACAAGCCGAAUCUUAUCAGACGACGGUUUAUGCACCAACAACCGACCAAACCCAAUUAUAUUACCCACAACAGACUCAACCCUAUCAAGAGCUGCAAAGUGUGGGCUACGAGUCCCAGCCUCAAGAGUAUCUGACCAAUUAUCAGCAGCAAACAGAAUCGAAUCAACAAAGUGUGAUUGAUCAAGUCGUCACGACGCUGGCAUCCAUUGUACAAAAUGUCACGACCACACAAACUAUGCACUCCCAACAACAGCAAGUUGUGUCCGAACAAUUUGAACAAAACACGCCGUUGCAACCUUUUACAGAACCCACACAUAGCUACGACCAUUCGCCGUCCCCACUGCAGUACGAGCAAUCGUCUGCACAAUUACAAACCUACGAGCAAGCCCAACCCGGCGUACAGUACGCACCGUCGUAUGAGCCGCAAUCGAUUGAGAUCGAUGAACCGCGUCCCGACAUCACAUUCGGUCAGUUCGAAGUGAAUGAAAUCGAAUCAAUACCCGCGGAGGUUAUGGAACACACCAUGCCAGCCCCGCAACAGCAUCCACAGCAAUCUUUAGAGCCUGCGCCGGUUGUAGAUUCAGUGUUUUUGCCCGCUCCCUACUCCGCGCCCUUACAACCCAUGGCGGCUGAUCCUGUGCACGUAACGCCAGAAGCGUUAGCGCCCAUUCAACCCACCCAAAGCCCCACACAGUCAAGAAGACAAGAAAAGCCAUUCGCAAGCGAGCCCACACAUGGCACGACUUAUGCUGAAGUACUAUUUGGUAUACAUCAUGGUGCAGGAAGUAAUGCUUUCCAGCCAUCCAGUCAACAGCUACAGCCACAGCAAAUCCGCAUUACAACAGCCAAACAUGAUACAAACACAAAUAGAUCACAGCAACAAAGAUUGACAACCAAAACUGCAACGACUACUACAACGACAUAUGCGACUACGAUGACAUCGAACAGUAAUAAUAAUCGACGAGCAGCCAUGAAGUCUCCUUCUCGGAAUGCACCGGCAGUUCAGAGAAGAGAAGACGUUACUGCUGUUGCGCCCGUGGCACCGGUGCCACAACUGCGUAAAGUAGAAAGACCGCCAAGAGGUCAAAGGACAAAUUCGAAGCCGCGACAGCAACAUAAUGGAUCGCCACCAACCGCGCACAGCGAGUUGGAGGUGCGACAAAAGCAUGAGAAGCAAGAGAGACAUGAAAAAUAUGACAAGCAUGUCAAAAUCGUGGAAGAAUCCACUAGCAUAACUGCAAUAAAUAAAGCUCACAAAGACACGAAACAUGCACGCGAAAGCAAAAGGGUAAAACAAGCCGAAGUUGUGUCCGAACUUCAUGGAGAGACCACAGAUGCUGCUGAAACAGUCGCAGCUGUGGGAAGAACAGACACAACCAGACAGCCGGUUAAGACCCCGACAAGCGAUGUCGUGCCUGAGCAAGAGCCCGAAAGGAAACCAGCCAAACCGAAAAGACAAAAGAAACACAAGCAUUCAGGUGAAAUUGAGGAGCCUGUGGAGAAGAAAGAAAAAUCAGAACCGGCUAUAGAAAAAGAUGCCGUCAAAGUUAGCCCUGCUACGGAAAAAGUUCCUGUUACUGCUGAAAAGCCAGUCACUUCGGCAGCGAAAGUAGUUCCUAUUAAUGAAAAUAUCGUUCCUCCUAGUGAAAAACGCGAUACGCUGAAGUCUACCACACUGAACUUUAUAGCCGCAGAGAGUGUCAUUAAAGACAUACCGGCCAAACCAGCGAGAAAAGAAAAGUCAAAACCACAACGAAAGCACUCACCACCCGUCGAAGAGUCUAUCCCACAAGUGACUGAGACAAGCAAUCAAUUCGAGGCUGCGCCAGUGGUUACUGAGUCCACUAAAGUACUAACGGUGAAUGGUGGCUCUACAACAACCACCGUGACAACGACCACAAUCACCAAACGCAUAACAAAACGUUUUAUAACAAGAAUCAUAGAUGGUAAGGAAGUGACGGUUGAGGAAGAUGUGGUUGAGAAUGAGCCCACAGUUGAUACAGACGUGCAAAUCAGUCAGGUGGUCGCACAACCCGAAACUAUAACGGAAAGUAGCACAAUCGAAAAGAUAGUGGGCAAAGAAGAAAUACCACAAAAGCCUUCAAAGAAAGAUCGCAAGAAAUCUAAAAGUCCUAAAGAAGAACCGGCAAAGAAACCGGUGGUUGAACAAGCAGAUAUCGCCACAGAGGCCAUCAGCGAGCCAUUAAUUGAAGCUGAUGCCAUUAACGAUAAACAAGCGCCUACAAUCGAGCAGUUGGUAGAAACCGUUGAAGCCAAAACUUUGAAAAAGAAAGAUAAGAAAAAGCCAAAGGAGCAAAAACAAGCGACGCCUAGCGAAAAACUCACGCCAACUACGGAGGUUUCUGCAAUAGCAAACAUUACAAAAGAAACAGAAGAAACCACUAAUGUCAUGGUUCAUGAAGAAGCACUUGUGCCUCUGAAGCAGCCAUCAGCAACACAAGAGAAGGUAAAAUCUGCUAUUACAGAUUUCAUAAGCGCCGAAAAAGAGACAUCAGAAAAGCCAACGAAAAAAGACAAGAAAAAGACCAAGUCUCAAUUGGCACCAAAAGAGAGCGCAGUUGAACCGAAAAUUCAGGAGAAGGUGACUGCAGAAGAAACAGUAGAGAAAUCACUUAGUGCGGAGCCUACAGCUCAAGAGCAAACUGCAGCUGAGAGCGCACCUGUUACAGCAAUCACUGCGGAGAAACCUGUAAUUGAAGAGCCUCACGUGGAAGAAAAAACUGUUCCUAAAAUCUCACCAGUGGAAAGUGUUGAACAGAAAACAACAGUAACUGAGGAGAAAUCAGCUAUUGAAUCAACACCAAUUGGGGUCAUUAAGCCAGAACAGGAGCAACCUAUUAUUGUAGAACAGCCUCUUAACGAGCCUCACGUAAAGUCGAUUACCUCCAUCGAAGAGAAGAAAGGAGAAGUGUUGUUUGAUGAUAUACAGCCCGUAGCUCCCACAACUUUCAUCGAAGAGGGUGUACUAAUAUUGGAAACCCCUGAACCAGCAGCCGAAAAUCUCAAUCUGAAAACAAGCGUUCAAGAUUUCAUUGCUAGCGAAAAGCUAGCUGGAGAGCAGCCUAAGAAACCCGAGAAAAAGGAUAAAAAGAAGAAGAAACAUGCAAAAGAGCAGCAGGAAAAACCAGCGUCACAAGUUGAGACACCCAUCAACAUAGCUCAGACCGAAACGGCGAAUGUAAUUGAGACACCGACAGAAACCAUUGUUCGAGGCGAGGAAAUUUCUUCAACCGAUGGUUAUACAACAUCGAUCAUCAAGACUACAACUAAGAAAACAUCGACAUUAACGACGCGUACAAAACUAAUUAGAAUUGUAGAUGGAAAGGAGGAAAUUGUUGAGGAAGAAGAAACCACACAGAAAACACCAGACGAGUCUAUUGAGGAAACCAUAGAUGUCAUUGAGGGAACACCGUUAACUCAAGAAGACAUCAUACAAAAUGUUCGUUUAACCCAGCCGGCUGGGGAAACUGUUAGUGUAACAGAAGAGGAACCCAAAAUAGAGACUUAUUCUCGCACCACUUCCGAUGGUAAUAUAACCAAGACAACAACGGUAAUUACGCGCAGAAUAAUAACGAAAAUAAUUGAUGGCAAGGAAGUGUUAAUUGAAGAGAGUGACGCUAUUAGCCCAGUCGAGCAGGUAGUGAAUAAACCACCAGUAUUCAUUAAAGAAUCUAUGAUCUCACCCAACAACGAAACUACCCCGGCUGGACCAUUUGCUAUCGCAGCGCCUAUGCUGGAGUCUGUUGCAGAAACUGUUGAUGAGAUUGUAGAGAACAAUGUGAAAAAUCGUGUCACAGAUUUCAUUAACACCGAACAACAGUCAGCAGAACAGCCACAGAAACCCGCUAAGAAAGAUAGGAAAGACAAAAAUAAAGGCAAACAGGAAAAGGAGACUUCCAAGGCUGUUGAGGAAACGGUGCAAGGAACGCCAGCAACUGUUACCAGAACAGAAGAAAGCACAUUUUCGUCAACACCGGCCGAGACUGAGCGCGAACCAGCAUCGGUCGACGAGGAGAGUACAAUAACCGUUGAGAUCUCACCGAAUGUGGCAACCACAAAAACUAUUACUACUGUGACCUCUCAAGCAACGGCACAGUUAGCCGCAAACGAUGUCACAGUUACAUUGAAAAAGCCAGCAAAGCAAGUAGCCUUCGCUCUCGACGUUUUAGAUAACGAAGCUGACGUGGAGUUCACACUGCCUGCGCCAAAACCACGUGCAGAUAUUAAAACAUUAACAAAUGACUUUUUAAAUAGCGAAAAGGAAUCUGAACAACCUCAGCCACAGCAACAACUAGAGCCGAUUGUGCAAAAAGUCGCCGAAAUAACAAUUACAGAGCCACAGCCUGUAUUAGAAACCACAGAGCCCCUGAAUGAAUUAAGUGCAAUACCAAAUGUGAGAGAAAAUGAAAAACCAGCAACACCAAUAGCAGACGAAGAGAGUGGCGUCAUAAAGACCACAACAGUGCGCAAGACUAAAUUUGUGAAGAAAAUCACACAAAAGAAACAAGACUCACCGGAGCCACAAGCAUCCAUCGAUGCGGCCGAAGAGGCCAAGGAAGAGCCAACAGUUGAAAAAUCCGAAUCGACUGUGCGCGAGGUGGCAGAUAGUGGCGUCGUGAAGACGACCACUGUGCGCACCAUGAGCAUUAAGUCGCAAAAUGUGAACGAAAGUGAAGUGGCCGAAACUGCCACAGAGGUGUUGGAAGAACAAAGGGAAACUACACCUACACCCGUGGACGAAGCGCAAAAGGUGGAAAACAUUCAGAAAUUUAUUGCUGAUAAUGUAACACCAACAGAAAAGUUCACACAAAGCUCGCUGGAAACAGACGAGCAGUCUUACAUGGGUGAGGUCACCAAGACGAUACGCGUACGCAAAACAAAGACAGUGAAAAAGAUCUCGCAAAAUCUUGAAGAAACUAGCGCAGCAGAGUUAAGUGCGUCAGCUGCGCAAACAAAUGAAACCGAGAGUCAGUUACGCACGCAGCAAAACGCCGAAACACCGGAAGAGAAUGGCGGUGGUGUUGUUAAAACUGUAACUGUGCGCAAAACAAGCUUCGUGCGGCGCAUACCACAAGAUGUCGCUGCGCCCACGGUGAGCGAUGAAAGCGCACAAUCGGACAUAAGUGAGGCAAGCGCGCAGAGCGAAGAGCAACAAAACAAGUCGCCAGUUAUUAUUGAAGAACCCAGCGAGAGCACAACGACCACAACACAAACAGAUGGCGCUAUUAUCAAAACAACAACAAUACGCACAAUGCGUCUAAAUAAGACAAUCGCCUCAGACGGACGUAUACUGUUGAAAGAGAUCGAUAAUCCAGAUGACGUUAUAGUAACCUCUUCAAUUGAAAUGCCUGACCAGGCAACAAUGCCGGGCGAGCGACUCACUGAAGGUGUCGUUGCAUUGUCUGAAACUCUCUCAACGGCAUAUGUACCAACUGAGCGCGCAACAGAAAAAUGCCAGCAACCAAGCAGUAAUAUUGAUGAGGUUCAAAUGAUUGAUACACAAGAUAUAAAGAGUCCUGGCAUUAAGGUUGUAGAUAUUGAAACGAAAGAAUUGUCAAAUGUUGAGGAACAGCGGCGACAAGGUUUAGAUAGACAUGCAACAGCUGCAACCACAGAGAGUACGCAUAUCUCGAGCACCAGCACCACGAACACGACAGUCACUAAUACACACACAGAAAUUACACAAAGUGAGCAACAGUCCACUAAUUCCACGACAACCGUGACGAAACGCACAAGACUCACGACCAUACAACGACCGAGUUUCGAAACACAAGAUGGCGAACCGCUACAGUUGGUUGGCGAGAGCUAUGAUACGCCACUCAAAUCGGGUGAAAUUCGCAAGAUUGCGCUCAUAACGCACGAAGAGAAAUAUAAAGAGCCUAAAAUGAAAAUGCAUUUCGAUUUCCCUAAAGUUAGUCUACAGGUUACAGAGACCCUAACAGAACAGCGCGAAAAUACUGAGAAUGUGACGCAAGAACAACAAUUUGUAGAAGAGCUUGUAAGUCAACAGCACCAAACCGAAAGUACAGAUGUUGUUAUAGAAAAGGUCACUGCAGAACAGUUGACAGAAAAGAACUUAGCAGAAAAGUUGGUUACCGAGGUUAUCAAAGAGGUUGCCUCAGAUAUAGUUAAUAGCGUAGCACCGACACUCGUGGCAGUGCCCACAAUACCAGCUAGAGAGAAGGUAGCUGAGGUAGAACAGUUAGAAAAGUUAGUUGAGCAGGAAACUCAAGCUGAAAAGAUAGAUUUAGACACAGAAAAGGUAACAGAGGAGCAGGUUGCCAGGCAGUUCGUAACGGAGAAGCAUGAAGUAGUUGAGCAUACUCUACGAAACAACGAGGAACAGAUAACGGUCAAUAAUAUUACUGUUACCGAAGAGGUUGAAAAGUCACCACAACCCAAACCCGUAGUAGUAGCUCCAGCUCCUGAUUUCACGGCCGAUUUGACCGCAGAAGAGCAAGAAUUGUUUGAAGACAUAAAGAAGAAACUCUCAAAGAAAGAUAAAAAGAAGCGACCAGCGCUUCCAGAGGACUUUUUCAAACAGCAAGAAGUAGUUGAAAGUAGUGAAAAGUUGAUAAGCGAGGAACGUUUAGCCAGCGCAACUAAUGAGUUAGAGUUGAAAACCACUGAAAAUAUUGUUAGAGACGUGCCGGUUGUUUCAGAAACACCACGGGAGGUUGCUGCUCCGGCACAAAAACCGCUAGAAGAAUUGGCUGAAAUACAACAGCAAAAGAUUAGGGAAAUAAAUGAGGCUGACGCGCGCUAUCAUGAAUUAAUUGAACGCGAAGAAUUCGUUAUUGAUUCGCAAGUAGAAAUCAUCAACGAACCUAGAGUUGAAGAAGAAGUGCAAAGCGUACAAGAAAUAACCGAAUUGCCUGAAGUUAACGCAGAACCCACUAACAUUGCUAAUGCUAAUGAAAUACCUACCGCUAAACCUGCAAACGAUUUAGUUGAGGAGCUCAGCGCAGCUCCCAAUCUAUCUUCUUCAUUAACUUGCUUUGAGGUGCCUAAAUAUAAUUUAACCGAGUUGCAAUUAGCCGAAAAGAGUUAUAUUGAAGUGAGUAACAAACACCCUGAACCAAAAAUAGUAGACGCUAUACCCCAGAACGAAGAACAGACACCAGUUAGCGAUGCACAGGUUAGGUCGCCAAGUGAGAGUAUAAGUGAAACUUAUUAUGAAAUACCCAAAUACGAUGUCCCAGCAUUGGCGCAAGCCGAACGCGAAUACCAGAUUCGAUAUGCAGCAGUUGAUGUGCCCAAUGUGGAGAUUGCUGUUAAAGAGGUAAGUGAAUUAGAAGAAACAGACUUAAUUAAGCAGAUUGCAGAGUUAGAGUUAGGCGAGCAGAAGCAUGAAGAGUUAGUUUCUGAAUCCACCUCUUCUACAACGACGAUUACAACGUUUACAACGAGUGAAGAGAUCUUCAAGGAAAGUACAAGCACCGAAGUGGAGAAGAAAGAAACCACCAGCGAAAUCGUUGACAUCGCCGAAGAGCCCAAACAAAUAACCGUAGUUAAUGAACAGAAAUCAGUCGAAACGACUAAAAUUACGGCACCCACAACUUCUACCGCCAGCACAGUUGCAGCCGCCACAGACCUCAUUACUUCGUCUAGCACUGUACUCAACUAUCUUAACUUUGAAGUCCCGAAAUACAACUUGGAGGCCAUUAAAUUGGCAGAAAAAUUAUUUGAGGAAACUGUUGUCAAGCGAAGCGCUGCAAAAGAAAAUGAAUUAACAGAGUCCCAAACUACAAAGGUUGAAGAGGUACCUCCUCAGCCAAUUGUUAGUGAAACACCGCCAGAAAAAACUACACUCGCGACACAACCAGCUUACUACAACUUUGAAGUUCCCAAAUAUGACCAUAACGUCUUGCACAAUGCUGAGCAAUUGAUAACGCUGCUACAAGAGACGUCGAUUGCCGAACCAGAAGCAGAAUUAGUUCCGGAAGUUUCAGUCGAAACCAAGGAAACAGAAACUAAAUCCAUAGUGACAGAAGAAUCGAUCACCGUGAACGAAACCGUGUCUCGAACUUCUUCAACAACAACAACGACAACCACCACAACUACUGUUACUGCUGAAACUGUGGAAAAUGAGGCGCCAGAGCCAAAACCAUUAGAUGAAGCUGCGGUAGUUAUUGAAGAAGCGCCAGCUGAGAAGGUUGAAGAAGUGAAGACAGCCGAAAGCCCCGUUGAAGAAGUCGUGCAGGUUCAAACUGUGGUUGAGAUACCUGUCGUGCCUGUUAAAGAAGAGCCAAAGAAACCUGCUUACGCCGGUCUCCCAAUCGAUGAGUCCUCGUCUACAUGGAUGGACGUAAUCGAUGAACCCAUGGUUUUCUCCGACGACGAAGAGACUCCUGAAGAGCCUGCUUUCCAAACUACCUCAACAACUACAACCGUUAAAGCCGAAACACUGGAGACUAAUGCACCAGAGUCGAAACCGAUUGAAGAAACUCCGGUUGCUAUUGAAAUCACCCCUGUUGAGAAGCUUGAAGAAGUCAAGCCAGAAGCGCCAGUUGAGGAGGUUGAAGAAGUCAAGACAGCCGAAAGCCCCGUUGAAGAAGCCGUGCAGGUUCAAACUGUGGAUGAGAUACCUGUCGUGCCUGUUAAGGAAGAGCCAAAGAAACCUGCUUACGCCGGUCUUCCAAUCGAUGAAUCCUCGUCUACAUGGAUGGACGUAAUCGAUGAACCCAUGGUUUUCUCCGACGACGAAGAGACUCCUGAAGAGCCUGCUUUCCAAACUACCUCAACAACUACAACCGUUAUAACCGAAACAGUGAAGACUAAUGCACCAGAGUCGGAACCGAUUGAAGAAACUCUGGUUGCUAUUGAAACCACCCCUGUUGAGAAGCUUGAAGAAGCCAAGCCAGAAGCUCCAGCUGAGCAGAUUGAAGGAGUCGAGCAGGUAGCGAAACCUGUCGAGCCCGCGAAGGAAGAGCCAAAGAAACCUGCUUAUGCCGGUCUUCCAAUCGACGAAUCCUCGUCUACAUGGAUGGACGUAAUCGAUGAACCCAUGGUCUUCUCUGACGAAGAGGAGACGCUCGAAGCUCUUAUCUCCCAAACUACCGUGACCACCACCACCGUUACAACUGUUGCUACCGAAACAAUGGAGUCUAAGACUCCAGAUUCGAGAACUGUAGAGGAAGUUCCGAUUGUGAUUGAGAAGGUUGAAGAAGUCAAGCCAGUAGAAGCUCCUGUGAAAGAAGUGGUGGAGGUUCAAACUGUGGUUGAUAAACCUGUUGAGCCUGUCAAGGAAGAACCAAAGAAACCUGCGUACGCUGGUCUUCCAAUUGAUGAAUCCUCUUCUACAUGGAUGGAUGUUAUCGAUGAGCCCAUGGUCUUCUCAGACGAAGAAGAAGAAGCGAAACCUCAAGGAACUGCUACCCAUACUAUAACAUCUGCUAUUACUACUGUUCUUACUGAGAUCAUAGAAAAUGCCCCUGCCUCGAAACCAGUGGAUGAAGUUUUGAAAGAGUUGGAAGAAAAGUCAGUCGAGAGGGUUGAAGGUGUUCCACCUAUGAAGCCUUUGGUAGAGACAGUUGAAGAGAAGCCAAAGAAACAAAAGGUUGUGACUUUUCUUGAUGAUGUUUCCACAGUACAGACCCACGAACAAAAUAUCCUAACUAAUUUGGAAAUCAAUCCAAUCGACAAUUUUGCACCCUACGAGGACGUGCAACUCGCACCAGAAGUGGUGGGAUUUCCCGUAGACCACUUUGCCGAAGACAUCAACAUUCGCGAAUCUGACUUGCUCGUUAUGCCAAAAUGGUCUGACGGCAAACCGCUUCAGGAAGAAAAAACGGUUAUCGAUACUUGGUCGAGUGUAUUGGAAGACACAACUCCAGUUUCGCCGAAUAUUGCCUUGACUUCAAAGCUUUCACCCAAUGCGCCUGAAUUCACACCUUCUUAUCUCCGUCAAACAGAUACGGAUCAAAAUGCGCUGUUCUUAGAGAGUGAGAGAAGUCUUCAUACCUUUGCGCCGGUACCAAAACAACAUGAGAAGCCGCAGAAAAAAUCGAAGCAACAAAAGAGAGAGGAGAAGUCUGUAGAGGAAAAACCAAUAGAAAGACCAUCGCAAUUAAAUGUUGAUGCGCCUGUCUUCAAAGUGUCCGAGGAGAAAAGGGACUCAAGCGCAUCAAGAGGUCUGUCGUAUGCCGAUGUUGUAUUUGGUGACCAUUCGCCUGUAGAGGAAACGAACACGACUGGUGUUGUUAGUGAGAUUAAGAAACCACUUCCUGAAAAGCAUGUAGAGCGGGAGACUGUCGCCGCCGAACAGGUAAAGCAAAAAGAAACGAAGGAAGACACUAAACAAAAGAAAACAAAGAAGGAUAAACGUAAAGUCGAAAAGGUUGUAAAGUUGACUGAGCAGCCAACGGAAGCAGAGUCAGAAAAGGCACCUGAAGAUACACAAAAGACAUCAGAAAAGACUGAGGAGCAGCAACCAGUUCUACCUGUAGAAAGUGAAGCCCCUAAGACUGAAUCGGAAAGUACACAUGCACCACUAAUGUCAUGGUCUUCGAUCGUAAAGAAACCCGGUGAGUGGGUAGACGAUAUAGUUAGCAAAACCAAGAAAGUAUUUGCUGAAGGUGAGAAAAAACCAGCAGCCACCGAAAGAAAGCCUGAGAAAGAAAGCCGAAAAGAAAAGCCCACACAACCAGAAAAGGAACGUAAACCUAAAAAAUCCAAGAAACAGAAGCCGAGAGAAGACCUUGAAAUGCCAACAGAAGAACUGGUGCCUACGUUUAUUAAAUCAGAAGAUGUUCCAUCAACUGAAAGCGAUGAGUCUGAUGGUUUAAAAGAAAAUGGUCAAAGUCCAGCGGCAUCUGAAGGUGAGCCACAACACGUAGCCGAGGCAACAACUGCUUCUGACAGUAGCACACCAACCAAACCUGAAAGCGGCAUCGUGUCUUGGGCAUCAUUAGUCAGCAGGCCUGGUGAAUGGAUAGAUGAAACUAUUUCAAAACAUAAAGCACCGGCAGAACCAAUACAUAAGACGGAAAAGGCAAAACCUAAUAAAACAAAGGAAAAGAAAACUAAAACUAAACAGAAGCCCGAGAAACAUGAAAAACCGGAGAAGGUUGAGAAAUAUGCCAAAAUAGGAAAACAGGAAACUCACUCAGAGCUAACAGUCGAGUCUCACGUGGAGGUAACAACCGAGAUCUCCGAGGAUCUUGAAGAACGCGAACAAAAGAUUGUAAAAGAAGAGCAAAGAUUUGUGAUCGAAACGCAAGAACCAGAAGAAGUGACAGAAAAGCCUCAAGGCUUCUCCUGGGCUGCUCUAGUAAAGCGACCUGGUGAAUGGGUUGACGAUAUUAAAGAGCGCAAAAAACCAGAAAAGUCACCAGAACCCGUUAGUCAAGUGCCAGCCGCGAAACCAGAACACCCCAAGAAACAAAAAGUUCCAGCCAAAAAAGUUAAGGAACCUUCGAGAGUUACAAAAGAGAAAUUCAGAAAAGAAGUAUCUGCAACUACAACUUCAGACAGUGACUCAGACAAACAAGAUAUACAACCCGCUGCCGAGUCCAACAGUUUAACUUGGGCUAAAAUUGCAAGCCAACGAGAUGUUACACCCGUUCGAAAAGAAGCUGAGAAGAAGAAAGAAGUCAUUAAGCCUAAGGAAACUAAACUAACCAAGGAAACCUCUCAAGCCAAAGAAGUAUUAGCACCCAAACCACCCAAGAGAGAAGUUAAGCAUUUGGAAGAUGAAUUGUUCCCCGAACCGACUCCGCUACCCAAAAUGUCAUGGGCUUCGAUUGUUAGUCAAACCACUACAGAUUUUAUUACUAACGAAAGAAGCAGACCGGCUCCAAAACAGGAAAAAGCCAAACCAUUACCUGAAAAUCCUAAAAAAAUUGAGAGAGUCGAAAAGAAAAUCGUCGAGGAACCCACCCAUAUUGCAGAACAAAGGCAAACUUUGGAUGACUUCGAAUGGAGUAAUAUUUCCGAAACAGCAAUUUCCACAACAGAAGCAUUCGACGAAAAUGACUACGUACCGCACGAGCCAAAAUCUUGGCGAGAUUUGAUAGAUGAAGAUGAAGAUAUAUUCUCUGAGCACAUUCCCGAUGCUCUUCCUUCAUUGGAAAUCAAAGUACAAUCCGAGCAAGUGGAAACAUCAAGAAAUGAACCGUACGUUUCCGAUAGUAAAAAAAUUACCGAUAUUUCUACUGACGCUACACAAACAUUGGAGACUGCGACACCGGAGUUACAACCAACGAAAGAAGCUCUAGUAGCGACUUCAGACUCCGCUCUCAAGAAGGUUGAAGAUUUUAAGCCAGUCCAAACUUCUGUGAAAGAAGUCUUAGAUAUUCAAAUUAUGGUUGAUAAACCUGUCGAGCCUGUCAAGGAAGAAUCACAGAAAUCUGCUUACGCUGGUCUUCCAAUUGAUGAAUCCUCUUCUACGUGGAAGGACGUGAUCGAUGAACCCAUGGUCUUCUCAGACGAAAAGGAGACGCCCGAAGCACAAGUCUCCCAAACUAUCUCGACCACCACCACCGUUACAACUGUUGUUACCGAAACAAUGGAGACUAGGACUCCAGAGUCGAGACCUAUAGAGGAAGUUGCGAUUGUGAUUGAAGAAACCCCAAUUGAGAAGGUUGAAGAAGUCAAGCCAGUAGAAACUCCUGUGAAAGUAGUGGUGGAUGUUCAAACUGUGGUUGAUAAAUCGGCCGAGCCUGUUAAGGAAGAAACAGAGAAACCUGCUGAGAUUGUGAUUGAAGAAACCCCAAUUGAGAAGGUUGAAGAAGUCAAGCCAGGAGAAACUCCUGUGAAAGUAGUGGUGGAUGUUCAACCUGCGGUUGAUAAAUGUUUCGAGCCUGUCAAGGAAGAACCAAAGAAACCUGCUUACGCUGGUCUUCCAAUUGAUGAAUCCUCUUCUACAUGGAUGGAUGUUAUCGAUGAGCCCAUGGUCUUCUCAGACGAUGAGGAGACGCCGGAAGCAACUGUCUCCCAAAAUACCUCGCAGACCACCAUCGUUACUACUGUUGUUACCGAAACAAAGGAGACUAAGACUGCAGGGUCGAGUCCUGUAGAGGAAGCUCCGAUUAUCAUUGAACAAACCUUAAUUGAGAAGGUUGAAGAAGUCAAGCCAGUAGAUACUCCUGUGAAAGAAGUGGUGGACGUUCAAAGUGUGGUUGAUAAGCCUAUUGAGUCUGUCAAGGAAGAACCAAAGAAACCUGCUUACGCUGGUCUUCCAAUUGAUGAAUCCUCCUCUACAUGGAUGGACGUAAUCGAUGAACCCAUGGUCUUCUCUGACGAAGAGGAGACGCCCGAAGCACCUGCUUCCCAAACUCUUUCGACCACCACCACCAUUACCACUGUUGUUACUGAAUCUUUGGAAAGUAAUGAGGAAGUUAAUAAAAAAAUAGAAGUUUCAAUAGCCGUUGGAGAGGAACCAGUGGAAAAAGUCGAAAAUGUCACACCAGUAGCAGACCAGUCUCCUGAAAAGACAGAAGAAGUAUCAGCUGUUAAACUUUCGUCAUGGGCCGAUAUUGUGUCUGAAACUCAAGAGCAAGAGCAACCUGUGAUAGAGAAAGAAAAAGUGAAGAAGAAGAAGUCCAAAAAGGAAAAGAAUACGGAAGAGAAACCGAAACAAAAGCGUGCACAUGAAAGUGUAGUAUUCAUUGAGCAAGAAAAGCAGCAUUCUUUACCGACGGCUAGCAAACCAGACAUAAAACCUACACCUAAAGACCUUCCCGAGGUCAGGCCGGCAACUUUGCCAUCUAUGUCGUGGUCGGACAUAGUUAAGCACAAUAAUCAAGAUGGUGCAAGGCAAGAUACCGUCAUUGAAAAGAAAAAGGGAGAAGUGGUACCUGGAAAGACUGAGACUAACAUUGAAGGGCUUAAAGUAACAACAGUAGAGGAAAGAGAUAUCCACAAAGUGGAAGAAGCAUCUACCAAGCCUGUAGAAGAAAAUAAAACGAAAGAAAAAGCAAAGAAACCAAAAAUUAAGAAGGCAAAACCAGAGGAAUAUCCCAAAGAGCCUGAAAUCGUGGAGCUAAUAUCAGAGCACGUUCCUGAUAUUGAGCAACCGACCGCCACGGCUUUGCCCUGGUCUGUUAUUGUCAGUCAAAAUGUGGUUGAAGUGCCGAUUUCAAGUAUUGAAGAAAUAACCGAAAUCGUUGAACAAAGAAAUGGACCCGCUAGGCAAACUGGCCUUGAUAUUAAAAAUCUUACAGGUGUGGAGCCAGCGCAUCAUAAGCCGAGUAAAAAACAAAUUCAUGAUUUUAUUGGACAUGAAAUUCAGCACUCGGAGAUUUCUCGAGUAAGACCAAGGAAAGAGAAAACACAAAAAACAAUACCUCUUGCAGAAGAAAAUGUGUCUGAGCUUGUUGUUGAAGCACUAACAGCAGAUGAGGAAACACCAGAAGUAACCCUGUCCUGGUCAGAUAUAGUAAACGAGGAACAAGAAGAAGAAUUCGCCCCACAACCAGUUGCUGUACCAACCAAUUCGACAAUAACCAUCGAUGUUGUCGAAAACAUUGUAGAGACCAAACCUAAACAACAACCGCAAACCGAACCUCUCGAACAAGUCACUGAAGACACCGUAGGAGAUAAACCAGAACCAACGCCGCCUAAGGAAAAGAAAGAGAAAUCUAAGAAACAGAAACAUAACAAAGAAAAACAGACAACUCAAACACAUGCCGAACCAGAAAAGCCGAAAGGGCCUGUGAAGGAUGAAGUUACUGAAGUCACACCCGCACACGAGGAACCCGUUGAAGUGCAAAAGCCUGUCGCACCACCCUCAGUCUGGUCUAGAUCUGAAACAUAUGCUGAAGUAGUUAGAAAGUCUGGUUUGACGGAAAAAUCCAAUAUUCGUUACCAAGAGCCCGAGGAUGAAAAAUCCGUUAUUGAGGUGAAAACAGCUGAAAUUGAGAGACCAACUUUAGACCAACACGCACCGCUAACUUCGGAAGAAUUUUCAGAAGAAAAUGUAGUAAUUAAUGAGACAGAAAGGGAACCGGAACCAGUUGUUGAAGAAGCUGAGGAAACUUUAGUUGCAACAUCUGACAUUGCAGAGCACAAAUCUAUUGUGGAAAACACUCCAAUGAAAGAAACCCCACAACAAUCUACUGAGACUGAACAAGAAGUGGUAGAUUCAGAACUACCCAUAGGAACUACCGCGCUCUCAUGGAAGGAAAUGAUUGAAAGCGAAGAUAUUGAGGAAGUGCUACCCGAAACCACCACUUGGGCAUCCGAAAUGACCUGGAAGGAGAUUAUGGAGGAUGAGAGUAAACACUCCACUGAGCCAGGAACCUCAUCUUGGGCCUCCAUUGUUCGAAGUUUCGCACCACAGGCGCCGGAAGAACAGUUGUAUGGCACUCAAGAACACAAAACCAUAACCGAAACAACAAGAACAUCACGCAUAACCGAACGUCCAAUUAUAGAAGUAACAGAAGUACCGGCUGCAGCUGAAGAAACUCCGCAAACGCGAGAUGGUGAAGGAUUCCUGGAAGCCAUUUCCAAGAAAGAAAAACGACGAAGACGUUCACGUUCGCGUUCACAGCAAUCCGUACAAGAGGAAAUACCAGCACCACGUGCCAAGAAAUCUGAAAAGACGAAGAAAGAAAAGCACGGCAAACGUGUUCCACGAGACCAGAAUGCAGAAGUAUCCAAAGAAGUAACUACAGAAACUACUGUAGUACAAGAAAAACCGGUGGUAGAUGUAGUUGAAGAAGAAAAGGCUGAACCAACAUCGCCACCGCAACCACCACAAAGAGCUGUUACGCCUGUUACAAUUGGAUUGUCUUGGGCCGCAGUUGCUGCACAGAAUGUUCCAGAACCUCAACAACAGAUACGUCCACUUUAUGAAGAACCACCAACGGAAACCGAAAUUGAUUACAAUGUUGAUGAGACUCUUCCCCUGCGAACACCUAUAACUUUGGAACCAGAAAAGAAAGAGAAAACUAAAAAACCAAAAAAGAAGAAGAUGAAGAAGCACGAGGAAAUUAUCGAUACAGAUAAAUCAACCGUCGAGUUGUUCGUAGAUACAACUGAAAACACAAAUGAAAUAACAACUCAGUCAACUACCUCUGAUGCUUUCGUCUGUCAGACUUCGUAUUGGUCUGCUAAACUGAAGCCGCGAUCAAAAACUACUACUACAGAAAAUGAAACUGAGCUUACUCUAGACAUUCCCGAUAAGGAAGAAGUGGUCUUAGAAAGCACAACAGCUACGGAAGAGGUCUAUGUGCAAUCACCAACAGCUCAACCCACUACUUGGUCGGCACUUAUACAAACUGACUCAACAGUAUUCCCAGAACCCAUCGGGAAUUUACAACAGCCACAAGAAACGGUUCCUUGGACAACGCUUGUGGUGAGCGAAACAACAGACCUUCAAACACCCAACAGGCAUCAAAUCACCGACGCCACAACUGAUUUCAUUAAUAAUGAGCGCACCUCUGUAGAGAAGCAGAAACCCAAGCAAGUUAAAGGUUUCUCAUAUGCAGAUGUUCUAAAGACUGACGAACUGCCCGCGCAGGUAGUAAAAACAAUCUACGAAACGGAACCAGAUAAUCUGAUCACCACUCGAGUAGAGCAAGUUGUAGAAACUAGAGAAAAUGCAGAGAAGGUGUCAGCUAAGCCUAACGUUCCUAAAGAGUCUAAAAAGAAAACUAAGGAACCUGCAAAGGUUAGCGAAGCUCUCAAAUCUCUCACUGAACAAAGAACGGAAUCAGACGUUCUGGCGUUCGCUAAGGAGCCCGAGACCGUUCCAGUGCCUAAAGAAAUUGUAAAGAAAUCAGAGAAGGUUGUGGAAGUGACAGAAACAAGGACAACAAUUGAAACCACAGAACCUGAAAUUGUCGAAGUAGGAGUAAAAUCUGAGGAUCCGCAAGAGUCUGAAGAAAUUGUAGAAGAAUCAACAAAGGAAACAACUGUGACAGAGACACCUAAAGAAGCAAUCGAGGUAAGAAAACCUGUGAUUAAGAAAUCUUUCGAGCCAGUUAAAGAAGAACCAAAGAAAUCUGCUUACGCUGGUCUUCCAAUUGAUGAAUCCUCGUCCACAUGGAUGGAUGUAAUCGACGAACCCAUGGUCUUCUCAGACGAAGAGGAGACGCCUGACAUUACCUCGACAACUACCACUAUUACUACGGUUGUUCCAGAGAGGAAGCCAGUAGAAGAAGUUCCGGUAGUGAUUGAAGAAACUCCAGUUGAUAAAGUUGAAAGAGUCGAGCCAGUCGAAACUCCUGUGAAAGAAGUCGUCCAGGUUCAAACUGUGCUUGAGAGAUCAGCCGAGAUAGUAAAGGAAGAACCAAAGAAACCUGCUUACGCUGGUCUUCCAAUUGAUGAAUCCUCGUCCACAUGGAUGGAUGUAAUUGAUGAACCUAUGGUAUUCUCUGACGAAGAGGAGGAGCCUAAAACGCCUGUCUUCCAAACUUCAUCAACCACUACCACUACUACAACUGUUACUACCGAGACAUUAGAAACUAAGAUUUCUGAGUCGAAACCAGUUGAGAAAAUUCAAGAAGUCGAAACAGUCGAAGCUCCUGUGAAAGAAGUGGUCCUGGUUCAAACUGUGAUUGAGAAAUCUGUCGAGCCAGUUGAGGAAGAACCAAAGAAAUCUGCUUACGCUGGUCUUCCAAUUGAUGAAUCCUCAUCCACAUGGAUGGAUGUAAUCGAUGAACCUAUGGUAUUCUCAGACGAAGAGGAGACGCCUGACAUUACCUCGACAGCUACCACUAUUACUACGGUUGUUACCAAAAUAUUGGAGACUAAGACUCCAGAGAGGAAGCCAGUAAAAGAAGUUCCGGUAGUGAUUGAAGAAACUCCAGUUGAUAAGGUUGAAAGAGUCGAGCCAGUCGAAACUCCUGUGGAAGAAGUCGUCCAGGUUCAAACUGUGAUUGAAAAAUCUGUCGAGCCAGUAAAGGAAGAACCAAAGAAAUCUGCUUACGCUGGUCUUCCAAUUGAUGAAUCCUCUUCUACCUGGAUGGAUGUAAUAGACGAACCGAUGGUCCUUUCCGACGAUGAAGAAGAGGCACCUGAAAUAUGUGAACUGAUUAAAGAAGCCGUUCAACCAACACCAACAGCUCGUGAGCUCACUCCAGAUUUCCUUACAACAGAAGUAUCCAUGCAAGUACAACCCUUAAAAGCUGCUGAAACAUUUGAGAAGGAGGUCAUUGUAAAAGAGCCGGACUCACAGCCUGAGCCAAUUAGGGUAGAAGAAACUGUCAAGCAGUCUGAGGCUGUUGAAACAUCAAAGGCUAUUAAAACCAUAAUAACGGAAUUUAAACAACCUGAAGUUGUGGAAAGUGGAAAAUCCUGGGCUAUUGAACAAGUUGAAAUACCUCAACCGAUAGCAACAAGCCGUGAUCUCACACAAGACUUCCUCGCAACAGAAAUAUCCAAGCAGGAGAGAGUACAACCGGUAAAGGUGGCUGAACCUAAAAAUAUUGUGCAAGUUAUAGAAACAGUUGACCUCGUUGAUGUGAUUAAAGAAAUUGAACCAGCUAAGGACCCAGAAACUGUUGCAGAAAAAGAGCCUGUUAAAGCACACGAAGGUGUGAAGUAUACUGAAGCAACUGAGCCUUCUCAAGAAAUUCAGGAAUUGGUGGAUGAAACCAGUAAACUCUACGAAGUGAUAGCAACAACAACCAUCGAAACUACGCUUACUGAAGAGCAAUCAGCUGCUUCGGCUCCGUUCAUACCAGAGGAGGUGGUAACAGAAACUACGCAUAUUGAGAAUAAUAUACCAGAACCAAUUAGUACCACGCUCGCAGAGCAAGUUCUAGGAUUUAUCGAAGGCGAGCGCGUAGCUUUAGCAACUCAAGUUGAGGAAAGCCCUCAAAAGGUUCAUGAAGAUGUAGUUGAGGAUAUUAAUAUUGAACAAGUGGUAGGUGAAUAUGUAGUUAUUGAACCCAGUGAGCUCUCUAUAAUAGACAGUGAAAUUUUGAGAGAGAAUUUACAUUUAGAUAGCAACACGUUCUUGCGUCCAAAUUAUGAAGAGUUUGAGUACAAAUACGAACAGAUUUUAGAUGAAGAAAGGUCAAAAUUAAGUGAGCCUGCCAAAACAGAGGAGGCAAUUUUUGUUGAGUCUCCUAAAUCCGUUGAGCCUGCCGAGCAGCCUGCUCAGCUCGUUAUCAGUGAAGUUAGUACAGCAACCAAUAAUCUUUUGACAGAUACACUCUUGCUUAACCUCAGUAGCGAUACCUUUAUACGAGAAGUUAACAGUUAUACUCAACUAACACAAUACGAACGUUGGUGGACUCACUUCAUUGCGUCCAUCACCUCACAAACGGAACGUGUCGAAAAGACUGAAACUAUAACGGUCAAAUCAGAGCAAACAGAAACCGUUAUAGAACCAAUUGAUAAGCAUAGCACACAAAAGACUGAAGAACCCACAUCAACAAACAAACAAAUCAUUCCCACUGAGCAAUCACAAACGCCAACAACAACAACUGACUCCGAUCUUGAUACACUGCGUAGGAAUUUGUAUAUGGAUGUGUGGCAUGCCGACACCGCCAGCGAAUUAUCAGUAGUGUUAGGAGCCGAAUCAGUUGUGGAAAAUGUGAUCUCGGUAACCGAAGAAGUGACAUACACGAGAGACAAAGACGAACAAGCGGAAAAGCAAACAGAAGAAAUAGCUCGUACUGAAGUCAAACCGGAAUUGGCUGAGGAGCUAGUCGAAGAAGUACAAAAUGAACAAAUCAAAGACGAGGUUUCAAAAGAGAAAGACAAAGAAGACGACGACGACGACAACGACGACAACGAAGACGAGGACGAAGAAGAUAUUGACAUUACCAAAACGGAGCGUGACUUCGAUGAACACAAACGCGAUGACCGCGAUCCGGGUAGUGGUAGUAGCGGCAAUGUUACGCCCACACCAGAUGCCGACAAUGGUAAUGCGUAUAACACGAAUCAAAGCUGUUCCUCACAAUACAUGUCUACCGAUUUGCCAGGUGGUGUAGGACACUGGCGUGAUCAAAGCACAUAUCUAGCUUUGGAUGUCGCCGAGAGUGUCAAACCCAAUCUUGUGACGGCGAGUACUUUCGAGGUACCCGUACCAGUAACUGUCGUAGUUGAACCCAAAUCAGAAAUCGAAUUUGUGCACUCAGAAACGCCGCUUGAGUUACUAACCGAAACUAAAACGCAAAUAGAACUAACUAACACAAUUGCUGCCGACACAGAGACAGCAACUGCAAUAUCGCAAACACCCGAAAUUGUAGGCGCUCCUAUAAAAACUCACGAACUUCCCAUGCAAUCCAGUCCUGCCCCAACAUCAACUCCCAUCCCCAUCCCAAUCCAUACAUCAACUGAAUCCCACACAUCCACACAGUCCACAUUCGUUUCUCAUCCUGAAAAUGUACCCGCUACUACUACUACUACUACUACUACUACUCUUGCCACUGUUGUUGAGCCCUCGGACUCUACAACAAGUAAGAUAACACAAUUGGCUGGCGCCAUUAUUAAUACCGUUAAUGUGGCAACUAACGCAACGAGUACGUCAAUAACGGCGACAAAAGAGGCAGCUGCCGCUGUACUCGCGCCCAUCGUAACGUCAAUCAUCGAUAAGGCAACAACACCAGCGGUAACAGAGGAAAAGACAACAGUCGAGAAAGUAGCUGAAACAGAUACCGCCUCAGUGGUACCAGCCACUGGAACGUUAACGGCUGUUGCGUCUGAGCCGCCUAAAACAGCGGUGUCUCUUGAAACAACAACAACAACAGCAACAACCACUGAGACUGAUACUCCCGCCUCUAGCGUGUUCCAAAACAUUGCGACAACACCCGUCGCUUUACCUCUGACAACAACACAAACAACGACAACAACAACAACUGUUAGCGAUGAACUCUACCGUCCAGAGUUUGUUGUGCAGCCGCAGUCGAGUGUGAUUAAGCGUACGACAACGACAACAACAAUCACGACAACAACAACUGGCGAGGGUUUGCAACGCCAGCAACAGCAACAACAGCAACAACAACAACAGCAGCAGGAGUUAACGCACGAUAUCGAUGAUUUACUGCAAUCCCUAUCGACGGUCGAAGAUGGUAUAGGCAAUUUGCCCAACGCUAGUUUGGAUGGUAUGCUGCAAGGAUUGAAGCUAAUCCAAGAGAAUCUGGAAUACCAAGAGAAGGAAGCCAUACGUUUACAAGAAAUCAGUCAAACGCUGCCAAUCGAUCCCGCUACCGAGCGCAUACUCAACGAGAUCAAAGAUCGAAUUGAUCUAUUACUGCGACGCACACAGCAAGGCAUUACGAUGAUAGCGAACGCCAUGCACGGCCAGAAGAAACGUGAAGAGGAACUCAACGAAUAUCAAAUGCAUUUGAUCGCGCUCCAAGAAUGGAUUAUGGAAGUGUCACAACAACUCAAAGACUUGGAGCCCACGCCCGAAGUUGCCGAAGAUGAAGAACAGCUCAAAUCACAGGCCGAACGUAGUCAACAAUUGUUGCGCACACUCAAAGAGAAGCAGCAAUCAUUGGAAGAGUUAGUAGAGAAGACACGCCAAUUGCAACAACAUGACGAUGUUGCGCCCAUGGCUUGCGAUCUUAUGGAUCAAUUGGAGCAUAUUAUCACUUUGCUGCGUGAGCAGAUCACCGUAGCCACGACACGCAUUUACACAAUCGAAAAGACGAUUGUUGAGUUGCGUAAGUCUCGACAGGAGGAAGAGCAUCGCAAGCGUGUUGCCGCUGAAGCACUCAUACAACCGCCUACUAGCGCACCAGUGUCGAUUGAAUCCAAUGCCAGCACCAUAGACUCGACACCAAUGCCCGAAGAGGAGAUUAAGCCUGUCGCUGUACAAGCGCAAGCGGUGGAAACACAAACAUCCGCAAGUCUUGCUGCGCCACAACCGAAAGCUGUUGUGGAGACACAUACAGUGGAAGCGCAAACCAGUUUGGCUGAGCCCACGGCGCCUUUAGCCCCAUUCGUUGAAACCACCGAGACUGCUAUGCAAACACAAAAGGAGCGCAAGCCGACAGAGAAUAUUUUAGUCACCUCAACCAUACAAGCCGGGCAGGAGACUAUCCAAAUUGAUACUAUACCUAAUAAGGAGAUACCUGAAGUGCCGGAAGAUGUUGAGAUCGAGGCGCGUUAUCACCAGCAACCGCAAGGUGAUGUUGAUCGCGCCACUGAACUCGUUUUGAAGAAUGUGCCACAGGCAUUCGAGACAACCUUUGUCGAACCCGAUCAAACCACCACCGAGGUAGUGGUCGAUGCUGAUGGCACCAAACACAUCAUCGUGAAGAAGGUGACGCGCACACGCCAACAGGUGGUGCAACAUCAGCAAAUCAGUUCAAUUGCUACAGUUACCGAUGCCGACGGCAACAUUCAAGUACAGUCUACGGGUCAGUUGAAUUUGGAGAAUGUGCAAACUGCUGACACCAGUGGUGAUGAUCAGCGCGGCUAUCAGACGGUGGUAACGCAGCAAACACGCGGCACAGUUGUUGAUGGCUCCGAUCCGAAUGCCGUUGUAGUGAAAGAGUUCGAAACAGAGCCGACAAUUGAACAUUACGAACAGCUUCAACAACCUGAAGGCCAAACUGAAAUGAUAACCAUUACGACUGAGGGUCCGACAACUACGGCUACUCCACAGAGCAGCAUACGUGCUGUUGUUCAGCAGGUAACGCGCAAAAUUAUACGCAAGACGCGUAAAAUCAUUAAGCGCAUUGUCGUAAUCGAUGGCGUAGAGCAUGUCACUGAGGAGGUGGUCGAGGAGCCUGAGGAAAUCGAGGUUAGCGAAGAAGAUUUAACGCCACAGGUGAACGUGAAUAUCAUACGCACCGUAAAUGGCAAAGUGGUGACCGAGGAAGAGUUCGAGCGGCUAACCAGAGAGCCAGGCGUGGUGAUUGAAGAGGUAUCCUCGGAUUUGAUGGAACCUCAGCAGCAACCAGCCACGAUCACAGCUCCCGGCGAGACUGUACCAUUAGAGGCAGUCUCCACGCAGCCGCAACAGGUAUUUGAAACUUCCACUAUAACUACUACAACAACACAAACACAACCAACAACAACCAGUAUUAUAACAACUGAAAGAACAACAACAACAUCAACAACAGACCAACAAGCACCAGUAGAAUUUGUUGAUUUGCCCGCACCAAAAGUAGUUGAACAAAGAGUAAUUGAAACCGUAGAAACUACUAGUACUAGCCCCGUUAAUAUUCCAGCGGACUUAAGUACGACAUCCCGAGCGGAAAUUGUAGUAGUUGAAGAGGAAAUUUCACCAAGCGUACAAAUAACCCAAGAACCAGCCAAACCCAUUGAGGAUAUUAGUGAGAUCUGGCCCAAGAAACAUCAUCUGGUGCCCACUGAUAUCGAUUUCUCACAUCACGUCGACGAUAUCGUUAAGCCAGAAGCUACAGUUCUAGAAGUGAACUUAGAAAAACCGGUAGAGUCCGUUUGGCCAGUGGACGAGUACACGGGUUACCCAGUUUCCUUGGAAGAAUACAAAUUCGAAAAACUUGUAGAGUCUAAGCCGCAACCAAUAGAAAGUGAACCACAAGUGAAGACAUCACUUGCAACUGUGACAACAACCACAACAGUAACUACUGAGCAAAUAUCUGAGCCAGAGAAAACUCUGGAAGUAAUCGAAAGCAUAGAAGACUCAGUAACUGCAAUACCGGCUGUUGUGAUGCCGCAGUUAGCACCAUUUAAGGAGCCUGAAAUCGUUGAAUCGGUUGCAGAAGAAACCACAGUAUUAUUGCCCGAGGCGCCACAAGUAUUAACUACAGCCAGUAAAACUAAAGAUGUUCAGGAACCAGCGCCAAAACCACCUGAACCAGCAGUAUUAGUGCCAGAGUUACCAAUCUCAGAAGUCACAGACCUCGAAAGUGCAUCUGUUGUGCGACCAGCCGAACUAGAACUAGAACCAGAGAUAGUUACAGAAGUUACCAAAGUAACCACUGAUGAAUUGAUUAUAACAGCAUCUGCACCCGCACCAGAACCGCAUCCUGAAUUGGCAGCCGUCCUACAGCCGGCGGACGCUGUUCCUGAAGUGACACCAGGUAGCGAGCAUGUCUCCAUUACGUCCACCGAAACUGGCACCAUCUCGCCGGUAGAAGACAAGCUCUUCCAGCCAGCACCUACUGAGAAAUCGCAGAUUGACAUACGUGCUGCUACACAGCUCUUUAUUUCUGGUGAAAUGUUAGCAACAGAUAGCGAUUCACCACGCAAGUCAUUCACAAUCACUGCACCAUCGAUUGAGCAAACCGGUAGCGGUGUUCUGAAGGUGGUUCUCACACCUGAAGAUGACGUUGAUCCCAAACUAUUACCACCAAAGGUGAGCAUGACUAUUGUAGAGACAUCCACUGUAACAGAGACCGAGCGUGAAGACACCACAUCACGUGGUGAUGAGCUGACCCUCACACCCGCUGAUGUCAAGCGAAGUCGUAAGAAAAAGAAGAGAAAGGAAGAAGCUGAACCUGAACUUGAACAAAGCGAAGAAGAACCUAAGGUAGAGAAACCUGAGGUGCCAACUACCAGAGUUUCAGUAUCCGAAAUCGAUAUUGAAUCUCCACGUGAAACUGGCUAUGAAGCUGAUGAUAAAACGGUCGAUGAUGACGAUACAGAUGGUGGUAAGAAGAAGCGCAAGAAGAAGAAGAAGCAAAAGGUAAAAGCACGUGAAGACGAAGACUCUCACGUACCCUCAUCGGAAGCAACACCGCGUGAUGUCGAGUCAGCAAGCUUGGAAUCAGAGGGUAAAGUGAAACAUGAGGCGAUUGCAGAGAUUACUCCAGAUAGUGCUGCUACUAGCAUAGAGACAGAUACUUCCGUGAAGAUCGUCGAAGAAGCUUUAGUAACACCCGACUCUGAUUCACCACGUGAGCAUUUUAGGGAAGUGGUCAUUCCAACUGAAGUAGUGGAAGUCACUUAUGUUGAGGAUGAGCAGCAACAAACGACGCCACGAGAGGAGAUGCCUGCUCCAGUUCAUGAGCAACCCAUCACUGAGAUUAAAUCAUCGCAAACUUCUCCCGAGCAUAAACCUAAGCAAGAAGAAAUUUCCUUACAGACCAGCAUUGAAGUGGUGCCCGACAGCCAAGACACUGAAGCGCAGACUGUAACAGUUGAAGUAACGGAAACAGAAAUACAAACAACACCACGAGCUGAAGAGCCGGUCUCACAAUUGGCACCAGCGCCUAAACAGACUGAGGAAGAAGAAGUUCAAACCGAUGUACCUUUCACAGAGCCCGUGUCACAAGUAGAACCGCUGUCUCGGCCAGAAACCGUCGAAAUUUCAAGUCAGACAACUGUCGUCACCACGAUUGAGAAGGAGCUACAAAUCACGCCUAAAGAUUCACCCCGUACACCUGAACCCAGCACCACCGAAAUUAUUCAGCCAUUUGUCACCGAGCUGGUUAAGGAUUUGACUAUUGAUCUACCCGCUGAAAAGGUAGAACUUUCCGAUCAAGCUAUUGGAACCGAUCCUAAAGUUACACAAGAGAUCUAUGUACAGACACUAACUCCUGAGCCCGUGGAGCAUGUUCGACCAGCAAGCACACCGGAACCGGUAAUUGAAGAAUUUAUCGAACCGGUGCAGGUGGUGAGGACGCCUUCGGAGCAGCGUGAUCAACACACAACAACUUUUGAGUUGACACAAUUUGUAGACUCCACCUCGCAGACAACACCACGUCAUGAGCCACAACCCGUGGAACAGCCAGCAUCUCUUGAACCGGUAACGCUAACGGAAGAUAUCUCGUCCCCUCUGACAUCCCUCUCUGAGCCUUACAAUAUAGAGAUACAAACCUCAGUGGCCAUACCGCCGGACACUGACAACUCUGAGCUCGAGCCAAUCAUAUAUGAGCACACACAAACAAUUGAGCUGCCAAAACGCGAUAAAAAGAAGAAAGACAAGAAGAAGAAGAAGCACGCGUCUGCAGAUAAUCUAGAUGAUGAAGAAUCAGUAUCCGAGCAAUUGCCUGAGGUUAAUGUUAACAUUGAAAUCUCUAGAGACGUUGUGCCUGAGGCAGGCGUAGUGGUAACAACAACAAGUCAGCAUGUGGUUGAACCAGACCAAACAGCCGAAGGCAAGACUACGCCAAUUGCGGAUAAGAAACCGCAAUUGGUGCAGUUACAAAUCACUAAAACGACGGUCUACGAAGAGUUUCCCGAUCUGCCAUUACAAAUCAGUGAGCAAAGCAAGGUGAAUUUGACGGGUCAACAGACAAACAAACCACGCUCGAGACCCACUUCCUCCGUCAUGAUUGAAGAGGUUAGCUCGCCAACGGAAGAGAUUAUUCUUCCCAUAACACCUGGACCAAAUAACGACGUACCACAAAGUGCAGCAGAAAACAUUUGGUUAGCCGCAACAACAGCUAUCGGUGUUGACAAGACGCCGAAAAAUGCCUCCCAGGCCUUGAUAAUGUCAGAGACUCUACAACACUACCCUGGCUCGCAAGCGCAACAACAAAUGCCGGUAGAUGUUUGGGCCGAAACGAAGCAAGUAAUUGGCGGACGCAUUAGAUCGCUGAAAGAGUCCACUCCAGAGCAUACUCCACUCAGCAAUGUAUUGCAUUUGGCGACACUCUCCGAGCGUAUAAAGGAUGUGCCGGUUGAGGUGCGUACACAGGAGGUGAAUCAGGGCUUGCAUGACUUAGAGCAAGCCGUUAAGCAAGGUGAUCGCACAAUAAUCGAGACGACUGUAAUAACUGUGAUCGAGAAAGUGUCUACGUGGCUAGAGACUAUCGAAUAUCGCGUGUACUUGAUCCGACAAAACUCCGAUGAAGGUCCGUCCGAAGAGAAGCUGGAUGAUUAUAACCAACUUAACGACGAACUCGGCACUAUCAAGUCGAACGUGAAUACGCUUGAAACUCAGCUCGAGAAGGCCGAUCAUCUGACCGGUCCUGAAGUACAGCAAUGCGUCGAUGCGCUAAAGGAGCACGUAAAUGCAGUUGAGGAUGUCACUAAAGACAAUCAGGCACAAGACACCAAAGAACUGGAGAAGUGGAAUCACUUCGUUGUGUUGAUCCACCGUACCACGACCAUAUUGGAGGAGCUCCAAGAGCGUUACGACACUAUCGUGACUCAAGACAACACCUUGAAUGGUAAGUUGCGUAACCUCGAUGAAUUGGAAGCGCAAAACGCCGAUGUACAAGGUAGCAUCGCCGAGCUCACACAAAGUGCACGCGCCUUCCAGCGUAACUUCCCCGGCAAGAAGGUGCCACAAGACAUAUACAACUCCUACGAGGUUUGCAAAAAUAUUGGGAAUAAUAUUAUAGCCGAACGCGAUCGUCUGCUGCAAUUGCAGUCGCUAGGUGAAGAGUACGAGCAGACACUCAAGGAAUUUAACAACAUCACUGUGCUCGCGGACAAAAUGGUUGAGAGCCCUAUUAUUUCCAGUUCGCUGGAACAGCUUAACAAUGAAGUGCAGAAGCAUCGCAAAUUCUUUGUGAACCUCAGCCAUUGUCGUGCAAUACUCGAGUCCCUAGAGGAGAAUAUAGACUCGGAGACGCGUGAGAAACAUGCCGAGUUGCACAAAGAACUCUACAACCGUGCGACCGUACUUCUGGAGAAGGCCUCAGAGCGUUCCUCGAAAUUAGUGCAGGCAGCUUCACGUUGGACCGUGUUGGAGAAGGGCAUGAAGGACGAGCUGCAAUGGCUACAUGUCGCCCAACAGCGUGUGCCCGAUUUAUCUGCUGUAACCUCGGCUGAUUAUGAUCAAUACACGACACUUUAUCAGUCACUCAGCACCGAUAUCUCACAUCACUACCUGAAAAUGACACAACUAUCGAAUAUUGCCAACAAACUGCAAGAUCUCGUGCAGGCGCCUAAUCUGGUUGAGGAGACUAACGAAGCGCUUAUUGUACUAUUGAAGCUGCGCGAGGAGGUCUCACUCUAUCUACAUCGCCUACUCGUUUUCAAAGAGAUCUGGGCGCAAUACGAAAAUCAAACGGACAAAAUGGAGACUUUCGUGCGCGACGCUGAGAAGGAGCUACGCAAAAUACACAUACCUGAAGAUCCACUCGAACAGCCCAUCGAACAUAUGCGUCAGUUCUGGGAGAUGAAAGCGCAUUUCGAAAUGCACAACAACAUACGUAACCUCGCAGGACACAGCUUCGAAAAGGCGCUACAAGUCAUACCGCUCGCUGACGAAAUGUUACAACGACAAUUCCAUGCACAACUCGAAGAUCGUUGGCACAACAUUGCCGGCUCUAUCGAGCGCAUACAAAAUAACAUUGUCAGUAGCCUCGCCUCACAAGAUGUGCCCGCCGAAGAGAAAUUGAAGUUAGUCGAACGUGAAUUGCAAGAAAUUUACCUCACAAUGACCAGCAUCAAGGGUGUAAUCAAGAACGAAGAGGAACUCUGUCUCUAUAUUGAACGUAUACAAGUACUGCGUACCCGCGUAGGCUUCAUUGGCAACGAACUGGGACGUAUUGGUCUGCAAGAGCCACCCAUUGAACCAGAGAAGGUCGGUGAACUUUUCGCGCUCUCACAUAAAAUCAACACACAAAUCGCCGAAGAGCUCGAGGGUGCUUCGGUGCUGCGUGAACAGUUGCGUGCCAUACAAGAGGGCAUACAAAAUUUGCGCAAACAUCAAACAAAACUCUCGGUCAUAUUGGACGAGUGCGAGAGCGCUGAGAAGCUGAGUAGCGAAGCGAUUGAAAAGGCGGUAAUCGAUUGUCAAGCAGUGGGUGAAGAUCUCAUCGGCAAUUGGCAGGAAAUUAUGCGUUUACGUCAAAUGUUGCACACAUUGCCGAUGCGCUUGAAGAUGUCUGUGUCGCCGGUGAAAUUGGAGCGUGACAUUUCGCAGCUGCAAGACGAUCAUGCGUUUUUGGAAAGCAAAUGCACAAAUAUACUCGGCAUACUGAGGAAUCGUCUUGCGCUCUGGUUGCGCUACGAGCGUCAACUUGAGAUGGUGCAUGACUCCGUGCAAGAGACCGACUUUAUGAUGGAACUGCUAAAGGUGCAUGGCCAAGUGGACUACGAACGGCUGCGUAAGGCCACCGAGCGGCUAGAGGGACUUGCUGGUGAUUUACAAGCUCGUGAAUCAUUCGUUGAUGAUUUGAAAUCUUCGGCUAAGCCUCUUAUCGAAACAUGUGAUGUACAAAUUGUCGAGCAAAUCGAGUCGGCCGUGCAGGAUGCGGUUAUAGCGUGGAAUGAUACUUCAGAUAAUUUACAACAAUUGUGUACACGUUAUCAGCGUGCUGUUGAGCUUUGGGAGAAAUAUCGUAACGCUUCCGCAGCGGUACGUAAUUACGUUGAACAACAAAUGGAUACAGUAAAGAAUUUGGAGCAACCGUUGGAGACGCUGCAAAGUGCUAAGAUCUGCCAGGAUAAUUUGAAUACGCAAAACGAUCGUUUAACCGAAUUGCGCGACAUUGUUACGAAAAUAGCCGCCGAUAUUGGUUUAGAUGCCUCCGGCCUUAUGCAAGGCGAAUUGGAUGCUUUAGGCCAACGUUUGCAAGACUGCAAGGAGGCCAUUACCACAUUGGCCAAUGUGGCCGAAGCCAAGGAUAAAGAACGCAAGGCAAUCGAAGAGAAUGUACAACAAACGAAAGUGUACUUGAACAAUGUGCAGAAGGAUGUCGAUCGCCAAGCACAAGUCACCACCGCAACCGGCGUGCCUAGUGAGGAGCAGUUAACAGCGCUACGCAGCCACUUGCAGACGCUGGCGCGCACCGAAGAGGAGUUGAAACAGUUACGUGAGCGUAAUAUUGAGAAUACGGCGCCCGAGUUGGGUCAGUUGGCAGAAGAUGAUAAUACCAUUAUCGAAGUGUUGGAGUUAUGGCAGAAGAUAUUCCAGGAAACCUUCCAAGAAUACCAUCGCCUCUCCACACGUCUACUGCGCAGUCAGAAUAGUGCCGAGGCUCUGAAGUUGUGGCGUCAAUACUUGCAGCAUGUGCAACAGUUCCUGGCUUGCAACAUUCCGGAGGAUUACACGAGCCUCAAGGAGCAACAACAUCUCUGUGAAAUACACCAAAACCUGCUCAUUUCGCAACAAAAUGUGCUCGCCACACACACCGAAGCAGAGCAGCAACUAGAACCCGCGCUAGCCGAGCAAUUCAAGGUGCUGACGAAUAUGCAUAAUGAGACCUUGUCGCGUAUAAUGCAACGCAAUAGCGAGUUGGAGCGACGCAUGUCGGCUUGGAACACCUAUCGAGUCGAUUUAGCUGCGUUACUCGAGUGGCUGAAGGAGCGUGAGAAGGAACGCACACGUCUACAACUGCGGUAUAUACACCUGAAGCGCGUGCCGCGACUGAAGCAACGGUUGGAUGAGUUGCUACAACAGCUGCCGGUGGGUGAGUCUAUGUUGACGAAGUUGAAGGAUCAACAGUCCGAUUUAAUGCGUUUCUGCGAUGAUGCACUUGCGACCUCCAUACGCAUGGAGCAGUCGAGCGUGGCACAACGCAUUAACAACUUGAAAGCUGCACUCGAAACUUGGUACGGUUUUCUGGUGAAGAUCUCACAGCUUGCGAGCACGUAUGAACAACGCGUUGCGCAACUCGAUACCGAAUUUGAUAAAAUCCAAGAGCUUGUUGGCAACACAAAUGCGUCCUUACCAACCAACGCCAGUGACAUACAGAAUUGCUUGAGUAAGCUGCGCGCACAGCAAGUGCAUUUGUCGACGCUGACACAAGACCUAGAAGGCCUCAACGUCGUGCAAGAGGAGCUGAAGGAAUGCAUUAGUCCGCACGAUAUGAAGAGUAUACGUCAGAAAAUCUGGCUGCACUGGCAGCAGCAUGCCGAUCUCGAAUACCAACUAACGACGUUGAUAAAUAUAAUUGAAGAGCGCUUGUCGCUACAUGCGCUCUUCAAUACACGCUACGAACGUCUCGCGCACUGGUUGUCUGGUCUGGAACAUCGGGUUGAGCGCGACUCGGACAUCUCAGCGAUUGCUAAUCCCGAAGAUGCAGCACGCCAACUAGAUAAGCAGAUAACCGCUGAAUUGCUGCUACGCGAAAAAGACCGCGAGUGGCUGCUAUCUACCGGUCGGGAGCUGAUCUCACUUUACACGGACAAUUCACAGAACGCUGAGGUCAUACGUUCUGAAGUGCAAGAGAAGUCGGAUAUGUUAAUCGAUCGCUGGGAGCGACUGAAGUACCUGAGCAAGCAGCGUGCCAAUAAGAUUGGCGACUUGAAGAUGACGCUGUUGCGGCUGGAAGAACGCAUUGCCUUAAUACGCGCCUGGAUGUUCGAGGUAGAGACUGAGUUAGACAAACCGCUCACUUUCGACUCGUACACGCCGCCCGUAAUAGAAGCGAAACUCAAAGAGCACGAGAAAAUACAACGUUCCAUUGAGAAUCACAGCAGUAAUGUCGGCGAAGUGUUGAAUUUGGUAGAAAUGUUGCUGAAUGAUGCCGACACCUGGCGUUCACAUGUGAAUACAUCGAAUUUGGGCAUUUCUGCGCAAAAUCUCGAAAAGCGCUGGAAGAACGUUUGCCAACAAUCUGCCGAACGGAAGCAGCGUAUACUUACUACAUGGAAUCUGCUCCAACAACUGAUUAAAUACACCACUGAGUACAAGACAUGGCUGAGCAAACAGGAGGCAGACAUUGCCGCUUUCGAACGUGACUUAACGAAUUUGUCAAAGGAAGAAGCGGCUGUGCGUCAAAAGGGCGUCGAGGCCAAACUGCGUGAGCUGGAGGUACAAGAGGCGCCACUUAGUCAGCUGGCGCACACUUACGCCAAACUCAUGAUGAGCGCUGGCGUUGAUCCUGAGAAUAUACAGAAUCUCACCAUGCCCACAAAGGUAAUGUUGGCUAAAUGGCGUCAGCUUGGACCACGUUGUCAUGCCGUUAUCGACGUGAUAGACAAAGAUGUAAAACUGCGACGCGAUUUUGAUAAAGCGCAACAAGAAGCCGUACAAACAUUGACCGGUAUACAAGCUGAACUAGAUAGAUUGCUUAAGCAGCAACCGAAAACACCCGCGGAGGCUAAGGCGGCGCUCAAACGCGUCGAAAGUUUGGAAGCUAAAUUGAAGCAGGCGGGAGAAAAAGUCGAAAACGCUGAUAAACUCGCGACCGAGACUAAGUCCAAAGCGAAACAGGACGAGCUCACACGUAUCAUAACGCUCAUUACGCAAUACACAACCAUCUGGCGCGAGCUGCAAACACGUAUUGUCACAAUCAAAACCGAGUGGCUUGCCAAAGCGACAGCAGCUGCGGCCGGCGGAGUGGCAGGCGCAGUAGCUGAAGCAGCAAUCACAGCGACCCGCGUUUCCGAGGCUGAUGCUGGGGUGCAAGUGGAUACUUUGCCACAACGCAAGUUACGUAAAGCACAAAUGCAACGCGAAACGUCGAUCACUGCGAAGGAUGCCUACAUUAUGGAGCUGGAGACGGCGAUCAAAGAGUGCCAAACAAAUCUCGAAGAAUUGCAACGCACCAUUUGCGAUAAGACACGCAAGCCGGGUCCACAAAAGAUGUCGAAACUCAUAGGCAAUGCACAGUCCUCCACCGAGCUCAUGAAACAUUUGAGUCAGCUGCUGCUGAGCGAAUGUCAGGCUAAUGAAAAAGAGGCACAGGUGGAGACGGUGUCAGAGUUGUCGCUACGCUUUGAUACGCUUUUGUCGCAGUGGAAGACGCGUCAACAGCAGGAUCAGAAAGCUAAAAGUGCGCUUCCGGCUGCAUACAAACUGACCUGCCCACAUGAGGCCGGCCGCUUAACUUGUCCCCUCUGCACACAACGCAACUGGCAACAGAUCGAUAACGAUCUGUGGCGCCUCGAGCAAUGGCUACAAUUCGCCGAAGGCACACAAAAAGCACAAACCUCGCCACCUUCAAAUAUUGAACAACUCGAAGAUGUCGUUCAAGAUCAUCGUGAAUUCCUGCUCGAUCUCGAAAGUCACAAAUCGAUUGUGAUGAGUUUAAAUGUUGUUGGCGACCAUCUAGCCACACACACAUUGGACACCGAGAAAGCGCGUCAACUGCGCGAUCGUCUCGAAGCCGACAACCAACGUUGGAAUAAUGUCUGCAUAACGGCAGCCAAAUGGCAAGGUCUACUACAGACAGCGCUGAUGGGUAAUAGCGAGUUCCAUCAGAUCAUCGAUGAGCUAUGCACAUGGCUACAACAAACCGAACAGAAUAUUAAAUCUUCCGAACCGGUCGAUUUGACAGAGGAACGCAGUGUGUUGGAAGCGAAAUUCCGCAAAUUCAAAGAACUACGCGCCGAGCUGGAACGUUGUGAACCACGUGUUGUGAGCUUACAGGAUGCCGCCGAUCAACUGUUGAAGUCCGUUGAUGAGUCGAGCGCCGAGUCCACGCAUACGUAUGCAAGAACCCUUUCCAGAUUGACUGAUCUGCGUUUGCGCCUACAAUCGUUGCGCCGCCUAUCCGGCAUAUACAUAGUGAAGUUGGGCGCGGUACUCGGCUACGAUGGUGAUAAUAUGGGCGUGUCGCUGCAUAUGUUGUCCAGCGAGCUUUUGGAUCAAACUACAUUACCCUCUACAUCUUCUUCUAUGCAGGCAGCCGCACCAAACACUGAUAAUGCAAACGGCACCACCGGCAACGAUGCCGAUGCUGUCGAUGGCGAUGCCAUCAACACCACCGUACUUGCGCGCGGUGCACGCUUCCUCGGACGGGUUGCACGUGCCUCGUUGCCCAUACAAGCGCUCAUGUUGCUGUUGUUGGGUGUUGCCACACUUGUGCCCCACGGUGAAGACUACACAUGCAUGUUCUCGAAUUCCUUUGCGCGCAGUCUAGAGCCGAUGUUGUCUUACCCGAAUGGACCGCCACCGACGUAGUAGUAGUAGUUGUAGCGGUAUUAGUUGACGGUUUCAAUGGAAUCAGAUUUCAAAAACAAAACAAAACAGACAAAAAACACAAAUGUUUAAAAUACAAUUAAAUUUUGAAACGAACAAACAAACAAACAAACAAUAGUUAUGUAAGAUAAACGAAUAUUUGUAAGUAAAGUGAGAUUUGUAAUAUGUAAAUGAUGAAAACAGAGGAAAACCAAACGAAACAAGUUAUAUAAAUAAAUCAUGUAAAUGUACUCAAGUUGCAGUUGCUUAGAAAGUGUAGGUAAAGCAAAAGCAAAAACAAAAAGAAAAAACGAAAAUAACAAAUAAGUAAUUGCGGUAGUUUUGUACGCUUGCGUGAAAUAUGUAAAAAACAUAAAACAAAAAACAAAAAAAAAAAAAAAAUAAUGAAAUCGAUGUAAAAAAUACAACAAUUUGAUUUUGUCAGAAAAACCGUUAAGCAAAAGGUAUUGUCUUAAAUACCAACAAAUACAGUUGUACAUACAUACAUACAUAUAUAGUAAACAAAAAUACCUGUAUAUGUGAAUAUAUGUAUGUAUUUGCCUUGCUUGAUUGAUUGUACAAUAAUCGAAGUGAAGAAAACAGAAAGAAAAACAGAAAAGAAAAAAAAAAACAAAAACAAAAACUACUCCCUAUAUUUUCUGCAUUGUAUUGUAUUGUACUUAUCGCAUUAUAUAAUAUUGAAAUACUUGCCUUUAGCCACUUUCCCGCCCCCGUUAGUUGUGUACAUUUGAUAACCCUUAGAUAGCGCUUUGGUAUAUUGAAUAAUGAAGAAAUGAUAAAUCCAAAAAGUGUUGCAUACAAAAAAAUCGAAUGUAUAUACGAAAAAAUACUGGGAAACGAAUAUAGAAUAAUGUGAAGAAAAAAUUAAUUUUGUAGCACACAGCUAGUAACUUGCAAAAACAAAAGAAAAAAAUAUAUAUAUAUAUAAAACUUUAGAAAGGCAACAACAAGUAGUAGCAAGAAAUAUGUGAAAAUCUAGCAUUUAAGCUUAUAAAAAGAAAAAAAAAACAAAAAUAACAAAUUACGAUACGCACAUAGAAUACGAAAAAAAAUCACAAACAACAACAAUGAUAGCAAAACAAAUUUUUGAUAUUUUCAGUUGAUCGCAGAAAGUGAAUAUUUGCAAAAAAAAAAAAAAAAACUUUAAAACAACUGCCCACAAAAUCAAAACCAAUUUGCGCUCUGUCUUUAUACCAAGCAGAUUUUGUGGAACAUUUUUGCUUAGUUGAACGCAGCGCGCAAAAUUAAAACAGUGGGCAACUGCAAACAAAGCCAGCAAAUGACAUAAAACAAUUCUAAAAAAAAAAAAACCGAAAUCCUUUCGAUAUCACAACAACAACAAAACUCUCCAAAACAAAAUUCCAAAAAAUCAAAAAAUUUUCUUGAAGCCACAAAAACAAAAACAAAAAAUAAAGAAAGUUUUUUCAAUCCGCAAAAUCCAUGACCCAAAAAAGUAAUAAAAGAAAAUUAUUAAAUGCGCUGCUUCUGACACAAACGCAUCUCCCAAAUUAAAGCGUUUGUGUUAAAAGAUUGUCGCAUUUACAUUCUCGAAAUUAGAAAGAUAUUUAAAAACCAAUGUGUGCUAACAUUUUGUGUACUCCAACACGCCCACAUACAAAUCUCUCCAUUGUAUGUUGUUGUUGUUGCUGCCAAAAAAAAAAAAAAUGAAAAAAAAAUGUGAUGCCAUAACAUCGUUUCAACACAAAGUACUGAAGAAAGUCUAAUUUCGCUUUAUCAAAAACAUUCCCAAACAGGCAUUACCAUAGUAUUUUUUAUUUAAUUUAUUUUCAAAACAAAUAAUUAAAUCUAGUUGUAAAACGGAGACUCCCGAAAUGUCGCUGUUGGCAUUAUUUGUAUUGUCGCACUGUUAUUUUGUGGUGCAGUUGUUGUAAAUGCAAAGCGAAAAAAAAAUGAAUUCAACGAAAGCAGCAAGUGUCCUAUGCUGGUGCUAAACCAAAUUGCAUGAAAUUCUUUUUUGAAAAAAAAAAAAAAAAAAAAAAAAAAAAUUUUU